UUUCUGAAGUUUUGGUGGAAUCCGAUGGCGCUCGAGGCGGCCAGACCUUGCAGGCGAAGGAGGCCCUCAUGGCGUGGGCCCAGCGCAACGUCAAGAACUAUCCAGGAGUUCAGGUCAAAGAUUUUGGGCGGAGCUGGAGAGAUGGAUUGGCGUUCAAUGCCAUUAUACACAGGAACAGGCCUGACUUGAUUGACUUCGAGUCCCUGAAGCCAUCCGAGCACCGGGCCAAUCUGGAACGUGCCUUCAGUACUGCAGAGAAACACCUUGGAGUUACUCGUCUCCUCGAUCCAGAAGAUGUGGAUGUCCCCAAACCAGACGAUAAAUCCAUCAUGACCUACGUGUCGUCUCUCUACAAUGUCUUCCCCAAAGUCCCUGAGAGCAGUACUUCAUUCUCUUCCUCAGAGAGAAAGGGAGGAAAAACGUCCCCCACUAAAACUUCCUCCACUAAGACUUCUCGAACAGAAAGAACCAUUAAAUCUACUACUUCUGCUAGGGUAGAGUCCAGACCUACGUCAAGAUCUUCAGCUGCGUCUCCUCGAGUCGAGUCCCCGAUCUCGUCAUCUAGAAUAGAGUCCCCAGCCUCUUCUAGGAUUGAGUUCCCAGUCUCGUCGCCGUCUCAGGUCGAGGCCUCCAUUGUGCCCCAGGUUAAGUCUCAAACGCAAAGCUCUCCGCAAAGAAGACAGGCCGAACGUGGCUUUGACCCUUACACAAUCGAUCAAAUGGUUAAGUCUAUUCCGAAACCCGUAGAAGAUCCAGUACAAUCACAGCGUGCUUAUUCCGCACAACAGUAUAGCAGUCCAGGCAGUGGGUACAGAAAGUCUGAGCCAACUAUUAUAGUGGAUAUUAAAAAACCAGUGCACACUACCAUCGACUUUGGUAGGGAACCCGUACCAGAUUCGGGAAAAUCCGCACAACAGUAUAGCAGUCCAGGCAGUGGGUACAGAAAGUCUGAGCCAACUAUUAUAGUGGAUAUUAAAAAACCAGUGCACACUACCAUCGACUUUGGUAGCGAACCCGCACCAGAUUCGGGAAAAAUAAUACUGAUCCCACGAGAAAUGUACAUGUACCGACAACAACGCUAUACUUCGUCCUCAAGUAGCAAUGCAGUCAACAACUCUGUGUCCUCCAGAGAUGCUGACUGGGAGCCAUACAAGAACCGUGCCCAUGAGCACCUCACAUGGGUGGAGCGUGCUACCAAGCUCAUGGACGACCGCAACUUCCCCAGAGAUGCGGCCGCCAUGAAGAACCUGCGCGCUGAUUUCCAACGGUUCCAAUCUGACGAAGUCCCCAUGAAGCGAGAGGAAAAGAACCGUCUCAUCUCAGAUUACAGAGCCCAAGAGCGCUCGAUGAAGGCUACAGGCAACUUCCGUCCCCCGGUUGGCCUGCAGCCCAACGAUCUUGAGGAUGGAUGGAGCCGUCUCUCGUUGGCCCAGCAACAGAGAGACAGCAUGCUGAAAUCAGAGAUCAAUAAGCAAGGCAGUUUGGACAACCUAGCUGAGCAUGUGACCCGCCAGAUCGAACAAGUCUCCAGCGAUCUGACGACCAUUGAACAACGCAUACAGGAAUCUGAUGGAAAGGCAGACAAGAUGAGUGCUACCGAUGUCCGUUUCCUGAUUGACGACAUCGAGAGUGCAACAAAGACCUGUGAGAACAACAUGCGUAUCUUGGACAAAGAGAUUCAGCAAUUGAGAGACGGUCAACACCACAUGGCCCCGUCCCUAGCCAAGAAAGUUGAGGAGCUCCAGAACAAACUGCUGGCGGUGCGUAACUACCAGAUCGCCGGCAAGACACAGAGCGUGACCACCCGCACCACCGUCAAAGGGGAACAGAUCCGCGUGGAGCGUCGCGUGCAGCUGCACACCGAACGCAGGAUCGUGGACCCCAAGAUCUACGGCUUCCUCAGCGAGUGCUCCAACUGGGUGCAGAGUAAAUCGGUGUCCAUUCGCACUGCCCAGUGUGGUCAAGAUCUGAACUCGGUCCAGACGGCCCUAGCCCAGUCCAAAGCUGACCUCCAGGUGGCCAAAGAGUUUGGGGUCAACAUUGAAAGAUGCAGAGCUGUCCAGAAAAACUUGACGGGAGAAGAUUUGCAACGCUACACAGAGCAGAUGAACAAACUUGAUGAGGAAUACAGGCAACUUAUGGACCAAUCGGUGAACCGAGUCGGUGACAUGGAAGCCUUGCUAGACUUUGUUCAAGCAGCCACCAAGGAACUGAUGUGGCUCGACGAGAAAGAGGAGAACGAGGAAUCCAGAGACUGGAGUGCCAAGAGCAUGAACAUUGCUGAUCUUGAAAAGUACUAUAAGAACUUGGUCAAAGAAGUCGAGAUGCGUAAGCGACAGUUUACCAGCGUCCAACAGCGAGGCGAGAAGAUGGUCUUGGAUAGGCACCCUGCUACCGAGACUAUCAGUGCUUACCUGUCUACCAUGCAUAGCCAAUGGAACUGGCUGCAGCAGCUCCUUGUCUCUUUGGAAACCCAUCUGAAAUACGCCGCGGAGUACCACCAGUUCUUCCACGACACUCGAGAGUGCGAUCACUGGAUGGGUCGACAGGCCGAACUCCUCAAUGUCAGGUACGAUCGACCCGAUCUCAAGCUGGGCGAGGCUGAAAAGCUGCUCCAGGAGUUGAAGGAGCUUGAGACUCGCCUGUCAGAGUACCGGGUGAUCGUGAAGGACCUGACGACGAGGAGCGGGAGAAUAGUCCCUCUCAAGAAGAGGAGGCAAAAGAUACAUUCCAGUAUACCGGUUACAGCAGUGUGUGAUUACGCUGGCAUUGACAUUCACAUUCAGAAAGGGGAGAGGUGCACCCUAACUGAUAAUUCCCACCGAAUGAAAUGGAGAGUCAUAAACAGUCUUGGAUUAGAAGGGUUCGCUCCUGGAAUCUGCUUCCUCAUUCCCCCACCGAACAACGAAGCAGUAGAUGUAGCAAAUAAACUUGAGGAUCAGCUGAACAGGUUACUGGCGUUGUGUCGUUCCAAGCAAACAAAGUUGAGGACCUGGAUGAGCCAACAGCAGAUAUCACAGGGCGUGGAGACAGUCAGGCAAUGGACCUUAGAACAGUUUAAAGGUAUGGAGCCUGCGCAGCGUCAAGCGACCAUUGCCAAGCUCAACCAAAGCAAACAGCAGCUUGAAGAGGUCGCUGCAGCAACCGCCACACCGAAAGAACCCGUGCCACUUCAGCCAGAGGUCCUGAGGCAACGGCCCCAGGUGGAAGUGCAGGCAGAGGUCAGGGGUCAUGACCCCGAGGUCGUAGGUCGACAGGAGGUCAAGGAGGAUUUCUUGAAUGAGGACCUCAUCAGGGAGGUGGACAGUUGCAACCAGCUGAUCGACGAGAUGUCGGCAAGGUCCCAGAAUGGUUCUUCUCCUGAUGUGGAAUCUGGGAGACUCCUGGGUGACAUCGAUGCCAUGAUCGAUAAACUAGAGAGGGAAGAUUCCACCUUGAGUUCCAGAGACAAGGACCCACUUCCAAGAACUGCUUCCCAAGCAGACGAUACAUUCCAAGAACACAAGAAAUACCAUGCGGUACUGACCAGUGACCAACCAAAGUACGACACCCUGAUCCUAGCCUGCGAUCAGCUCCUGGCUAGUAAGAAGAAGAAGAAGAAAGAACUCAAGGAGGUCAAGAAGAAGAAGGAGAAACUGGAAGAGGCUUGGGAUAAAACCAUCUCACAUUCAUACACAUCUACACAAAGAAUGUCUCUCAUGGCUGACCUCCUACCCAACUUGACCCGGGUCGAUGAAUUCCUCACGAGCUGCGAGAACAUCCUCAGGGGUCAUGACCCCAUGUCAUGUGACCUUGACCGACAUCAAGCCAUUUCCGAUCAAUUACAGGAAAUACAACGAACACUGCCACCAUUCCAACCUGUCGUCGACCAGUUGAACUCUGACCUGAAGCACAUCCGAGAGACCAUGGAGGGCGCUGUUCGGAUGGAUGCAGAUCAACUCCAGAAGGAAGUGAGAUCAGUGAAUGAGAGAUGGGGAGAGGUCUGCUCCCAGUCACACCAAAGAUUAGAAAAGCUUGACCAAUCCGGCGACACCCUCCACCAGUUCACUGACCAGAUGACCAGUGAAAGCAACUGGAUCACAGCGGCCGAGGUCACUCUCAUGGAGUUUGCCCACGUUGCCCGGGACCAGCUGACCUUACAGCAGCAGUUCGUUGCGGCCCGGGAGUUCAACCAAGAGGUCGCCAUGCACGAACAAAGGAUACUCAGUGUGAAUGAAGCCGGCGAGACAUUCAUUACACAGGCAGAGUCCUAUGAUGCUGUACUUGAAAAAUUCAAGGCCACCAUGGAGAACUUCCAUGGCCCCGCCCCUGCCAAGCAUCCCAGAAUGCAACGGGGUGCGGACGUAGCUCGGGAAGAGCUAGACGCCCUCAACACGCGGUACAGGUCUUUGGUUGCUACGGUGGUGGAAAGGGUGGACAACAUCAGUGCCGUCGGCAAGAAGGAAAAUAUUGAACUUCAUGCUAGUCCUGAGAUGUACCAAUUAUUCUCACCCACCCGCCGGAACAUCGUGACAAAGAAAGUCUUCGAAGGAUUGCCAAAACAGCGCAGUCAAGCCUUCUUGACUUUCGAUGGGACCACCCCUGUGGAGCCUUCUACCGCAAGAGGGGGCUAUAAUCUGCAUGUGAGGAUGGAAACCCCAUCUGGGAAACCCCAAAUGAUUGAUCCUUAUGUAGAGACUGUAAUUGCUGACACACUGCGAAGUCACGAUCCGUCAGGUCUAGGUAUGAGAGAAGGUGAAGGAAUUCCUAAACUUCAUAGUGAAGCAUUCCUGACAUUUGAAGGCCAAUCAAUUCCUGUGCAGCCUUCUACCAGUAGAGGGAGCUAUGACCCAAGGUAUGGAUUCCCCCAGGAAGCUUCUGCUGGAACAGCUGGCUUGAUGAAUCCAUCCAUUGAGGGUAGGAUAGAAGUCACUCAGCAGGACCUCGAUCAGACAAUCCCUAGGGUCAACCUGGAGAGUAUGGAUGGAAGCAUCAACACCCGCACAAUUCAUAUCCGUAAGGUCCACACAGUACGUACUCUGGAAAGCCAAGAUCCGGCGUCUGUACUACCUCUGCAGACCAGGAGUGACCUGUCUGCAGAUGCUGCAAAAGCCAGUGGUACAUGGCAAAGCUUAGUUGAGGUGAGUACUGAUUUGAAUCCUGUGGAUGCAAGCAGUGACAGUAUGUUUCAGGUUGGUCAAGACCAUACUGUGGGCUUGGUGCAGAGUCUUCAAGCUGUAGGCGUGAAACCUGACAUGAGUGAUCCAUCUGCAGAGAGCAAGGUAGCCGAUGAAGAGCAGAACACAGGACCGGUAAGUAUUUCAUCCAAACAUGCCACACUUGGUAGAAGCAGAGAUACUCGAGCCCUGCUACAGUACCCAGAACCUGUGUAUAUGGAACUCCAACUGACAAACCUACAUGAGACCUUAGAAGUCGAUUCAACACCAAGCAAGACUUUGGUAAGCCAUAGUGUGGAACAUCGUAAAGGGCUUUCAAAUGAAUGCAGUACAGCUUACCUGAUGCUAGAAGCUCAACCUACCCUUCCUAUUGACAGACAGGCCCAAGGUGUGCAAAACAAGGAUGAGAUAAGCUUGAAGACAAGGGAAGAGAAUGACACCUCCAAACCUAAGCUUUAUAUCCGUGAAACCCAUUUUGAUCCUAUAGUGCUUAGCUCUGAUGUUAAUUCUAGGAAACAGGAGUGGAGUGAGCCAUCUGAGGAAGCCAUAGUAGACUGUACAGUAUUAAGUGUUGAUGAGGCCAUGCCUGCCAUCAACCCUGAGGAAUGGGAUGACGGCAUUGAGCAGUUGGUUGAUAUCAGUAGGGUUCAUACUGCACAUUCUUUUGAAAGUCCAGAAGCCAAGGUUGUGCAACUUGAUAAGAGUCUUCCAUCUGUAGAGACCGUUAUUGAGGAUACCAAAGAAAGGUCGGAUGAGGAUAUCACCCUCACAUUAGGUAGGUUGAACAGACUAGUGUUUGAGUCAGGGGAAGCACAAAUGGUUGACGGAUCAACGGAGGAUUCUAUCGAAGACAAGCCGCAAAGCUUGGAGUCAGAAUACGCUGAAAGACAUGAUAAGAUUGACUCUUCUGUCGGUGUCGUGAUGGAUAGUACAUUUUCUAGCUUGGAGCAAGAAAUACCUGAAAGGAAACUUAAUGAAGAGGAGGAAAGCUUUGUUGACUGUACUGUUCUUAAUCUUGAAUUCCAAAGUGUUCAUGCUGUUGUACAUGUAAUUCCAGAAGAAGAGGCUUUACAACCUGAAGAGCAUGGUCCAUCUGUAGAAAGCCUGAAUGCCAAUUCUAAGCAAGAGUCUUUCGCUGAUGAUAGCAAUCACCAAGCAAUUGAUUACCUGGUUGAAAUGAUGAUGAGAGAUCCGUGCGAAGGCAUAGAUAUUGAGAAGGGAUGUUCUGAUGGGCAAUCUGGUACAGCUGAUGAAUGCACAGAAUCUGUGGUUGUGAAAGAUGUAAAGAUGCAUGCCCCAGUGGUAUUCGUAUCAGCCAACAUACAGGAAAGCCCGGAGUGUGAUGAAACCAAGUCCCAUGUGAUUGCUGGACUUGCAGAUGCCAUGAUUAACUAUAGUGAUGGAGUAAAGAAUAGAGGUGAAGAAACUUUAGGUUCACCUCUCUUGACCAUCACUUCUGUCGAAGAGGUUAUAGCAGAUGCAAACCAAAAUGUGCUCGAAGAAGUACCCACAAUGAUAAAUGAUACAUUCGAUGAAAGCAAUACGCAAUUGUUGCAGAUCACUCAAGAGCAAAUUGAGCAUGAUUUGGAAAGUCGCCAAUGGAAGGUUCUGCAAUUUGAAAAGAAUGAUUCGUCAUUAAAGACUAUGAUAGGUGAUACUGUCGAAGAGGUUAUAGCAGAUGCAAACCAAAAUGUGCUCGAAGAAGUACCCACAAUGAUAAAUGAUACAUUCGAUGAAAGCAAUAGGCAAUUGAUGCAGAUCAAUCAAGAGCAAAUAGGGCAUGAUUUGGAAAGUCGCCAAUCAGAAGGGAUUACGAUAGGUGAUACUGAAGACAGCUGGGAUGUGGAAGUGUUUGGUGACAUCCCUGAAGAAGAUGGCAAAAAUGGUGAGCAGUGGGUUAAUGUUAGCAGAAUAGAUAUUGAAAUCCCUGACGUUGAUGCGGAACAACUUGAAAAGAGUGAUCCAUCAGGAGAGAAUAUUGUAGAAGGUACGAAACAAAACUUGGAUAAGGGAUUGCCAGAGAGGAAAGCUGAAACGAAGGAAGAGAGCAGAAGCCACACAAUUCAAGGACGUAUGAUGGAUACGUUCCGUAGGUUCAAAAGCCUUGUGUUUGAUUCUGGGGAAGCCAAGGCGAUAGAUCCAUCACCAGAGAUCUUGAAGAAUGACAAACCGCAAGAAGCUGUGACUGAUGCUGGAAAACCUGAAGGGAUUGACUAUACUACCGAUGCCAUUCUAGAUGGUGGAGUGCCUGGUAUGAAACAGGAAAUACCUGAAGUAAAAGUUGAGGAAGAAAGCAUGAAUCACUCUGUUCUUAGUCAUGAAGUUCUUAUUUUGGAUACCUUGGAAACCUCAUACAAAAAUACUGCACAACUUGAAGAAAGUAGUUCAUCUGAAGAAACCAUGCCAGUCAAAGCAUCAGAAAGCUUGGAGGCUGAUGAGGGUAAUCCCUCAAUAAUUAACAACCUUGCGGAUGCAAUGAUGAGCCAUGUGGUUGAAAACACAGAUGUUGAUAAAGAACAUAUUGAUAUGAAAUUUGACAUAGUAGAUGAAUGUACCGAGUUUGAAGUUGUGAAACAUGAAAAGAUUGAUCACUCUGUAGUUUCUGUAGCAGCUAACACAAGUGAGAGCUCGGAAAUAGAUGCUGAUGAAUCAAGACCCCAAGCAGUUAAUAGACUUGUAGAUGUCAUGAUAAGCUUUGGGGAUAGGAGUAUAAGUGUAGGUGGGGCAACACAUACUGUGACAGCAAGCAAUAGUCAUACUAUCCAUAACCAAGAAGCAGAUGAUGUCACAGCACAUACACCUGAAACCAUAGAGUUUGAAAUCAUCCAAUGUGAGGAGAACAUCCCGCCUCCCUUCAAGCUAUCGACUGUGGAGAUGACUGUAGACGUUACCAACCAAACUGUAGAAGCAUUUCCAGAAGCAAGGGAUGAUGAAGAUGAUGAAAGAAUGGACAGAUCGAUUUAUAGUCAUACAGCAUAUGCACUGCAUACUCCAGGAAGUCCAGAAUCGGAAACUCCGCAACCUGAUAAGAGCAAACCGUUUGUUGAAUCUGUGUUGGUCAACCAACAGGAAAGCUCGGAGGUCAAGGAUGUGGAACUCAAAAGGGUUGAUCCACAAUGGACAGCACAACCAUCUACGGAUUUGUCAAGUCUCUAUGCGGAAGCUGGCCACGAUUUGCAGAAAGAGUGCAGUACAGCUUUCCUGAUGUUAGAGGGCCAGACAAUCUCUUGGCAAGCUUCAUUCAAUAGCGAGACCCCAGAGGCUGAAGACGUUGAAAUCCAAAUGAAUGCUACUGAAGAGAUCUCAACCGAUGUGUCUGAGAGCCAGAAUUUGGUAAUUGUGAGUGUCGAGCCUUGCCAAGAAAUGCCUAAGGAAUGCAGUACUGCCUUCCUUAUGUUAGAAGGCCAGCCAAUAUCUUGGCAGGCUUCAAUCAAUAGAGGUACACCAGGUGAUCAGGCCAGCAACCAAGCUUCAGCUGAAACACCGCAAGCGAUUGAUGAACCAAUUGAGACUAUAUUACAGGCAAUUCCAGAUAUCAAAGAACAGAAUGGAGAGGGCAUUCAUGUGCCUUCUAUCAUUAGAGAUGAUGAAGAGCCUGAACUGCUAAGCCAGGAUCUUGAUUCAGGGGAGGUAGAAAAGAGUGAACAAUCUGUGAACAUAUUUGAAAGUAUUGAACAAAGUAUCAGCAUGGAAUUGCUUGAUGCCAACCCUGAUGAACACAAUGGACCCAGUCAGCAGAUGAUUAAAAGCAGUAGUUUCCAUAUUGCAAGUACCUUUGAAAGCCCCGGCCUGAAUGUAAUCAAGCAUAGAAGUCGGGAUCCGUCUGUAGAUGUUCAAGAAGAUGAUUCUCGAGAAAUUUUGGAUGGGAUAAUACUUGCCUUAAACCCUUACGAAGUUUAUGAAAGUAGUGAGCAGUGGAUUAAUAUUGGUGGAGUGGAUAUUGCAGGCCAUGCAGAAGAGGUUGCGCAGCCUCAAAUGAGUGAUCCACUUGUAGAGAAGAUCAUUGAUGUUACUGAACAAAGCUUGGAUGAAGAAAUAAUUGUUGACAUUCCUGAAGAAGAGGAUGAAAUUGGUGAACAGUGGUUUCAUAUCAGUACAGUGGACGUUGAAAGACCUACAUGUAGAUCAAAUGAUGUGCUUACUGAAAAGAGAGAUGAUUCUGCAGAGUACAUUCUAGAUGAUACUGAACAACACUUGGAUGAGGAAAUCCCUGAAAGGACAGCUGAUAAGUCGGAAAGCAGCAAGGGUACGAUUCAUGGGCAUAUGAUUCCAAUGGUGCGUAAAUUUAAAGGUCUGGUAUUCGAGAAUAGCGAAGUCCAGACCAGUGACCUGUCUUCAGAGAUCUCUUUGGAUGAAAGCCCAGGAAGCUUAGAGACAGAUGCUGUGAUAAUUGAUUCUCCAAUUAACACUGCAAUAGAUAAUGGAUUACCGAAACUUGGGGAGGACUUGCCCCCGGUUGAUGAUGUUGAUGAGAAAGAAACCAUAGUCCGUUCAGUUCAGAGGCUUGAAGUCCAAAUUGUGCGUACCCUGGAAAGGUCAGAACUAGAGCCAGUGGAACCUGUAGAGAUUGAUUUAGCUAUUCAGACUAAAUUAGUCAACCCACAAGAUAAACCAGAGGCUGAUGAUGGUAGAAUCAAAGCAAUUGAUAAUUUUGCUGUGGUCAUGGUGAAAGGUGUGUUUGAAAGCAUUUAUGACGACAAAGAAAUUCCUGUAUCAAAGUCUGGCACAGUCAUUGAAUGCCCAGAUUCUGAAGUUGAGAAACAAGAAAAGAUUGUUGACUCAGCAAUAAACAUAUCAGCCAACACGCAGCAACGUCCAGAGAAUGAUGAAACAAAAUCCCAAGUGAUCAGUGAACUUGUAAAUGCCAUGAUAACAUUUGGGGAUAAAAGCAGGGAAGAGGAAGCUCCUAAUGUCACAGCUGAUCUCCAUUUCCCUAAAGUUGAUGAAGUCUACAUACCUGAAAGCUCAGAGAUUGAAGUUCUGGAAGGUCAAAAGGGUGAUCUGUCACCAUCAAACCCUGCUAUUGUAGAUGAUUUUAUAGAGGAUACACAACAAAGCAUGCUUGAACAAACACCUGAUUUGAAAGUUGAUGAAAAAGGUGUAAGCAGAUCCAGCUCAUUUUGUAGUGGAGACAGUGCUGCAAAUGCUGCUGAACCUGAAAAGAUUGGUCCAUCUGUUGGAACUCUCAUUGUUUGUGCACAGGAGAGCCCAAAGUCGGAGGAAGUGGAACUGGAUGUGGAACAAAGGAUUGCACAUCACACCAAUGAUUUGUUUAGUGUGAAUGUGGAAGCUGGCGAGGGAUCACUGAAGGAACACAGUUCAGCUUUCCUGAUGUUAGAAGGUGAGACAAUAUCAUGGCAGGCUUCUGUCACUAGAGAGAAUCCAGAGGCUGAGGAUGUUGAAAUCCAAAUGAUCGCAACACCUGGAGAUGACAUCACACCUGAGUCGCUUGAAAGCCAGAAUUCAGUCAUUCUGAGUGUUGAGCCUUGCCAAGAAUCACCUAAGGAAUGCAGUACCGCCCUCCUCAUGUUAGAAGGCCCGACAAUAUCUUGGCAGGCUUCAGUCAAUAGAGGGACACCAGGUGUUCAAGCCAGAGAAGAGGCUUCAGCCGGAAAGAUCAAUGUUCCUGUAGAGACCAUAAGAAAAGAUACACUGCAAAUUGUAGAUGAGGUAAGCCCGAACUUUAAAGACCAGGAAUCAAAUGGGAAGAGCAUGCAAACGUUUCAUAUCGGUGUAGCUGAUGUUGAUUCUGAACUGCCUACUUCAGAUCUUGAGUCCCAGAAACCUGAGGAUAUUGAUCCAUCUGACGACAGUUCAGAUCAAAUUGUUGGUGUGGCUAUACCUGUUCAAAUUCCUGAUACACAAGAUGUAAUCAUUGAGGAAUCAAUUGAUACCAGUCAAAAGCAUGUGUCAUAUACUUAUGAAAUCCCUGUAUCACAGUCUGUGCAAAUAAAAAAGAAUGAUCCAAAUGUAGAGAUGGUUACAGUAGAUGAAGAGCAAUAUGAUGGUAAACAACAAAGUGAUGAUGAGGAAAUAUUUGAUUCAAGUCACAAUGAAGAAGAAAUCAGUGAGCAGUCAACUGAUAGCAGCACAGUCCAUAUUAUCCAUACUUUGGAAAGCUCUAAAUUCAAAGAUGUGCAACAGGAAGAAGAGACUCGGCCAGUAGAAACCAUUAUACAUGUAGGUAUUACUGAACAAAGUUUGACCUCGGAAACACCUGCUGAAAUCCCUAAUGAACAAGAUGAAAGCAGUGAGCAGUUGAGUCACAUCAGUCAAGUCCAAAUUGUGCAAACUUCUGAAAGUUCUGAAAGUAAGGUUCAACUGGAAAAGAGUGAUUCAAACGUAAAGACCAUUGUAGUAGAUACAGAACAAAAUGAUGAAGAGGAAAUGCCUUCUGAAAUCCAAGAUGUAAGUGUUGAGCAGUCAAUUCACAUCAAUAAAGUUCAUAUUGGAGAUUCUAUAGAAAGCCUUGAAGACACUCUUGUGCAAAUUGAAGAGAUUGAUCCAUCUGCAGAGACCAUAACAGUAGAUAAAGUACAAAGUGAUGAUGAGCAAACGAUUGAUCUAAGUCCUGAUGAACAGGAAAGGAGUGACCAUUUGAUUCAUGUCAGUGAAGUCAAAAUUCCAUCAAAACUGGAUAGUUCAACAGUGGAGGCACCACAACUUGACAAUAGUGAAAACAUUGGCCAGUCAGUCCAUAGCAGUGCAGUCCAAAUUCUGUCUACACCGGAAAUUUCAACGUUAGAGUUUGUACAGCCUGAAAGAAAUCAAAUUGUUGAACGGUCGAUUCAUAGCAGUGCAGUGCAAAUUCCAUCAACACUGGAAAGUUCAACAGUGAAGGCUUCACAACUUGAAAAAAAUGAAGACAUUGACCAGUCAAUCCAUAGCAGUGCAGUCCAAAUUCUGUCUACGCAGGAAAUUUCAACGUUAGAGGUUCUACAGCCUGCAAGAAAUGAAAUUGUUGAACAGACCAUUCAUAGCAGUGAAGUCCAAAUUCCAUCAACACUGGGAAGUUCAACAGUGAAGGCAUCACAACUUGAAAAAAAUGAAGACAUUGACCAGUCAAUCCAUAGCAGUGAGGUCCAAAUUCUGUCUACGCAGGAAAUUUCAACCUUAGAGAUUGUACAGCCAGUAAGAAAUGAAAUUGUUGAACAGUCGAUUCAUAGCAGUGAAAUCCAAAUUCCAUCAAUGCUGAAAAGUUCAACAGUGGAGGCUUCACAACUUGACAAUAGUGAAGACAUUGACCAGUCAGUCCAUAGCAGUGCAGUCCAAAUUCUGUCUACACCGGGAAUUUCAAUGUUAGAGGUUGUACAGCCUGAAAGAAAUGAAAUUGUUGAACAGUCGAUUCAUAGCAGUGAAGUCCAAAUUCCGUCAACGUUGAAAAGUUUAACAGUGGAGGCUUCACCACUUGACAAUAGUGAAAACAUUGGCCAGUCAGUCCAUAGCAGUGCAGUCCAAAUUCUGUCUACACCGGAAAUUUCAAUGUUAGAGGUUGUACAGCCUGAAAGAAAUGUAAUUGUUGAACAGUCGAUUCAUAGCAGUGAAGUCCAAAUUCCGUCAACGUUGAAAAGUUCAACAGUGGAGGCUUCACAACUUGACAAUAGUGAAAACAUUGGCCAGUCAAUCCAUAGCAGUGCAGUCCAAAUUCUGUCUAUGCAGGAAAUUUCAACGUUAGAGAUUGUCCAGCCUGAAAAAAAUGAAAUUGUUGAACAGUCGAUUCAUAGCAGUGAAGUCCCAAUUCCGUCAACACUGGGACGUGACAAACAUACAGUAGAAAUUCUAGCUAAGCUUGAAAGUUCAAGAGUCGAGGCUGUAAGACCUGAAGAAGGUGAUCCUUCUGUAGAGACUAGGUUAGUCAACAUGCCUGAAGAUUUUGGAGCUGAUGAUAAUAAAUCUUACGUAAUGGAUUAUCUUGUGGACGUCAUGAUGGAGAAUGAUGUCUUCUACGAUGUAGGUGUUGACAUAGAAAGUCCUGAUGUGCAGUUUGGCCUGGCUGAUGAAUCCUCAGGGUCUGAAAUGGUGAAACAUGAACAUAUUAAGGACUCCAAGGUAAUCUUAUCAGCCAACAAAGAGGAAAACCCAGACAACGAUGAAACAAGAUCUCAAAUAAUGGAUGGACUUGUAGAUGCAAUGACAAAAUUUGGUUACAGGCUGCAGAAUGUUGGUGAAGCAACUGACAAUUUGACCAUGGCCCAAGAAAGAGAAAGCACUUGUCGCACGAUUCAUAUCCGUAAAGUCUAUCGUGUGCAUUCAAGUACAAGCUCAGAGCUUGAGCGUAUGAAUGGCCAAGAGAGUGAUCUCUCAACCUUGCUCGUGUCUGCCAGUGCACAGGAAACCCAAGAAUCCAUUGCUGUGGAACUUGGAUUGAGUGCCAGAGCUGUAGAGACUGUGAUAGCUAACACACAACAAAGUUUUGAUCACUCAUGUCCUCCUGCAAAAUCUGAUGGCUUGGAUGGAAGUAGCGUCCUUAGCUCCCAGACUGUGCAGAUGCUGCAUACUUCUGAACAGUCCAUGCCACCCCUCAAUCAGGAGCCAAACAACCUUAAUUCUGCAAGCUCCUUGAUCAAUGACCCAGAAGUUGUGGUGACGCAGACAGAAGUACAGCUGCAGGAACUGCCUCCUGUCGAAGCAGCUAUAAGGGACAGUAGAACUUUACAUUCAAUGACCACUCUAAAUACCUCUGAAAUGUCAAUAUUACAUCAAGAUCAGGUACCACGCUACCUGAAUUCUGCAAGCUCCUUUGUCAAUGAUCCAGAAAUUGUGAUGCAGACAGAAGUGAAACUGCAGGAACUGAAACCUCUUGAUUCGGCAAACUCACCAACACCUGACUCGGGCUGUACAGAUGCUAUUGAUAUCACUUAUUCACCUCCACCAGUGGGCCUUACCAAUCUCACUGUGGCCGCUUCUUUGUCCAACAUUGAUACCUCCAUGGCCGAUCUGGACAAGGAGUACCGCAACAUCUUCCAGGCGGUCAGCGACCUCUGCUACUGGACCAACAUCACCCAUCAGAAACUGACCAACCUGGAGCCGGUCAGCAAGGACAUUCCAACUCUGACCUUCCAGCUCGAGAAGCACAAGAACUUCCUUGAGGAGGUUGUCCACCAGGAGAAACCCAUCAAGGAAUCCCUGACCAAUGCCGAACGCUUCAUCCUCCACAACAAGGACAAGUAUCUCAAGCAGGAGCAGCAGAAGGAACUCAACACCAAGAUGAGUGACCUCAGUACGGGUCACAGUGAGAUCGUCUCCUUGGCUGAGGCCCGACUUAGAGAGCUCCAGAACGCCCUUGGCCAUCGUCGGAAGGAGAAGGAGGAGAUGACUGUACUUGAAAGACGGUACAGAGAAGAGGUUACCAAUCUUCAGAACUUGCUUCGCUGGCUGUCCGAGACCGAGCAUGCCAUGGGUUCGGCUCAACCUCAGAGCGAACAAGUGCAACCCCUCAAUGAACAACUCAAUAAGAUGAAGGCCUUGAGAGACGAUGUGGUCAGCCGCGAACGUCCAGUCCGCGAGUGCACCGAGAACGUCCUCCACUUCCUGCAGAGCCAGGGAGAGCGGCUCAGCCGGGACGAACGGGACAACCUCCAGCAGAGUGUCUCCGAGCUGCGGAUGCGGUACGAGCGCCUCAACGAUCAGGCCAACUCCCGCGUCGCCCAGCUAGGAGAGGCAUUCGACUACCUGCGAGGGUUUGACCGGGAUGUCGCUGGCUUCGAGCACUGGGUGGACGAGAGGAUAAAGACCAUUCAGGGAUUUAGCCGGGAUGCUGGACGCGACAUCAAUGUCCUGAAGAAGCAGAGCGGUCAGCUCCAGACCCUCAAUGCUGAUAUCCAGUCACAUCGGGAUGACUUGAACAAGAUCAAUGUCUCUGGACAAGGAUUCCUCAACAAUGCUAAGGGAUACCAACAAUUGCUGAAGGAGUUCCGAGCCAACGCCCUACCACGUCAAUUCAACAAGACCUUCACAGAAGCACCGGACUCCAACAUCAUCAACGAACGGCUUCUGCGUCUUAAUGAUAAAUUUGAAAGACUCACGGCCAACUGUGACAAUACCAACAGAAAAUGGCAGGAUCUUAUCUCAAAGCAUCAGCAAUACAACGAGAACCUGACCAGUACCCGGACCUGGACCCAGAAUGCAGAGCAGACCCUCUCCAGGCUCCUACAGGAACCAGUAGCAGCAGAACCGGUGGCCGUUCAGCAACAGAUUGAUAACCUUAGGACAUUCAAUGAUGACAUCAUCACCCAUUCCAAUGAUAUUGAUCGAUGCAAGGAGGCUGGAAAGGAACUAGCCGAUGUCCAGGACGAAGUCAAGAAUGAUGUCCAAAAGUCGAUAACUGACAUCCAGGAGAGAUACAACCGGAUGGAACGACAGGUUGCUGAGCGUAGCAACACCCUCCAGAUGACCCGUAUGCAGUGUCUCAGCCUCCAGGACUCCCUGCACAGCCUUCUGAUCUGGCUGGAGGAGAAGGAGAACACAUUUGACAAGCUGGAAAAGGGCACCCGGAUGAUGAUCAAACGGAAUGCCCUCAUGGAGCAGUUGCAACAGCACAAGCUUUUGCAAACUGACAUCGACAGUCACAAACCGAGUGUCGAGUCGGUCAACGAAUCUUCUGCCGAGCUCAUCCGGGAGUGCGACCCCAAGAUGGCCCGCAACAUCCAGGGCCGCCUGGACGACCUCAACUCCCGCUUCGAGAGGGUCAUCGUGCGUGCUCGUGGACGCAAGGAGCUCUUGGGGUCCCUCCUGGACAAACUGAACUUGCUCCUGGAGGAGGUUGGUGAUCUGGAGGACUGGCUCCUUCCGUUGGUGGAUUCUCUGGAGUCCAGGGACAUCUCCAGGAUGGAGCUCCCAGAGCUUGGAAGCAGACUGGAGGACAUCAAGCAGCAGGUUGAAAACCGCAAGCCGCAGUAUGAACACAUCCAGACCCUGUGCAAGGAACUGAUGCAGGAGGCCCGCAUAAACGACACCACCUACGUUUCGGAUAUCCUAGAUAACGUGGGCCAGAACUGGAAGUGCAUGGACCUGGCCCUGCAGCGAAGGCUGUCCCAGUGGGAGCAGCGCAGCGAGGCCUUCCAGAAGUUUGACGGGAAGGUCCGGGAAGGGAACCGCUGGUUGGAUGGCAUGGAGGACAAGGUCCAGCACCUUCAGCCCAUUGCCAGAGACAGCGAGACCAUCAACAUACAGAUCCGCCAACUUGAGCCUCUGCAGCAAGAGUACGUGGCCUACAGACCCAACAUGGAGGAUAUCCGCAAGCAAUGCCGUAACCUUGAUACCGUCACCCGGGAAGCAUCUUUUCCCCUGGCCAUUGCCCCUAGACGCUCCAGUCUGGCCAUCUCUCCAAGAGACCGGUCAAGUAUGUACCAGAGGAACGUAUCCGCUGUGCCCAAAGAGAGUGAACGCAAGCGCACCUCUUUCCUUUAUGAAGAGACCACAGAGGCCCAGCGCAUCACCACCCGAACCAUCGACCGUUACGACGCCCUCGGCAACAAGCUGACAUUCCGCCGUGAGGAGUUGGAUGCCUUCCUCAACCUCUCCAAGCUCUUCAACGACAAACUUCGCUCUGUCACUUCCCAGCAGGAUUGGCUGUCCAAUCUUGAGGCACAACUGGACUCUCAGGGUCCGCUCAGCAGCGAUAUCAACCAGCUCGAGCAACAGCUCAGAGGCAUGCAGGAUGUGAAGAGUGAGCUGGGUGACAACAGACGCUCCAUCGAAGAGAUCAUCACUGCCAUUGAGAUGUUCCUCAGGGACCACAAGGAUCGUCUGAGUCCUGACCAACAGGAUGCCCUCCAGAGGCGCAUCUAUGACCUACGUACUCACUUUGAUCAGGCAAACUACAAGGCCGCAGAUUCCGUUCGCAAGAUGCAAGAUCAGUUGAACUUCUUGAAAGAGACUGAGGAGAAGAUCGAGACUCUCCAGAACCUUCUGGAAUGGGUCAGUGACAUAGAGCGUCAGCUGGUCCUACAGCAGCAGAUGAAUGAAGAGAUGAGACCACUCAAUGAUCAAAACAGACAACAGAAGGUGAUUCAUGAAGAUGUCAGGAAGCAUCACGAGGAUGUGAUGCUGGCCGUUCACAACGGUCAGUUCUUGCUGGACAGCCAGUCGGACAGACUGAGUGACAGAAGCAAGUCGGCUCUAAGGGAUUAUUCAGUUGACCUCAAGAACCGUUACGAGAACGUCAGCUCUGAAUCCGACUCUCGCACUACCCUUGUAAACUCUGGGCUUGGCGAGGUCCAGAAGUUUGAUCGCGAGUACACAUCUUUUGACACCUGGCUUUGCUCUGCUGAGAGAACUCUUGAAGCCUACCUGUUGGACGUUGCAAGGGACAGGGACGGCCUCCGCAAGCAGGUCAACAAGAUCCAGCCCUUCAACGAGGAGGUUGUUUCACACUCUGCCGAUCUGCGCUUCAUCAAUAUGUCUGGACAGAAGUUCCUUGGUGAAAACCAGGUCUACAAACAGAGGCUAGCCGAGUUCCGUGACAUGACACAGGCGGCCAAGCAGUACCUGCGCAACUUUCGGGAGGAGCCGGACUCCCACAUCAUCUCGGACAAGCUCAACGACAUCAACGACCGCUACGCCCGGCUCAAGAUGCGCUGCAACGAGCACACCCAGCGCAUCCUGAACCUCCUGGGGCUGCACGAGAAGUGGCGCUUCUCGACGGAAGCGGUCACGACAUGGAUCGAGGAUGUGCACGUGACCAUCCAAGAUAUGGAGAGACAACCUGUUGCAGAGGAUAGGACAAAGGUCCAGGAGCAGAUUGACCAAGUCAAGGUUGCUCACGAUGAUGUUGCUCGCCAUCUGAAGGACGUGGAAAAGGUGAAGGCAGCUGGAAAUGAACUAGCAGAGGCACAGCAAGACCUUAAACCCACCAUUGACAAGACAGUCAAUGAGAUCGUCAGUAAGUACGACACCCUGAACACCAACCUUGCGCGGAAAGACGUGGACCUCCAGAAUGCCCUGGCCGACAUGCAGGGUCUUCAGGAUGGCAUGGAUACAACCCUUAGCUGGUUAGAUGAUCUAGAGAGGAGGGUCGGUCGACUUGACGGAGCAAAGGUCACUGUCAAGAAGGAGCCUAUCUUAGAUGAGAUCCAGAACGUUAAGUUGAUUGACCAAGAGCUCCAGAGCAGACGACCAACCAUAGAGGCCCUCCAGGACAAGGCCAACAAGCUCUCCCAGUCUGGCAACCCAGCCACGGCCCGCCAGAUGCGCAACAACAUCGACAACCUCAACCGGCGCUACGAUGCGCUGGUCACGACGUCUGGCCAGUACAACGAGGAUCUCCAUGAUAUGCUGGAUUCCUUGGGGAAGCUUUGCGAGGAUGUGGAUAACCUUGAGGACUGGGUGUUCCCGACCCUCGAUGUCCUGGAGUCCAGGGAACUCAAAAAGCAGGAGAUACCCGACAUUGACAGUGUCACUAAGAGAAUUGCACGUGAGGUUGAGGACCAUACACCAGAGUACAAGCGCAUCAAGCGAGUCGCAGAUGAUCUGAUCCGUCACAAGCGCACCCGGGAUGCAACCUUCGUCACUGAUCUUAUGCGCAGCUUUGAUCGUAACUGGCAGACCAUGGAGGAGGCCCUCACCAGACUGAAUACAUAUCUGAAGGAGAGGAAGGAUGUCCAUGACAAGUAUCGCAAUGCUGUCAAGGUGGUCUUGAUGUGGUUGGACUCGACAGAAGACAAGUUUGAACGCCUUCCAGACAUUGCCAGAUCCCUUGCUGAACUCAAGAAUCAACUUGAACAGAUGAAGCCUCUGAACCGUGAGGUGACUGGUUUCAAACCCAAGGUUGACCAGACCUAUGAGCUUGGAAAGACCCUGGACGCCCUCAUUCAGGCCGCAGAGACAGUAGUGACCAACAGGAGGCGCUCUACCCAGGUUGCUAGUGGCCAAGUGGCACGCACAGAACGUCGCGUAGUAGAGAUCCAACAGAACUUCCAAGUCUCUGAAGACACGGAGGUGAUGCGAGAGGUCCGGAAUCUCCGUAACCGCUACGAAGCUCUCAGCAAGAAUGUCCAGCUCCGGGAGGACGGCAUCACCGACAUGUACGAGAUCAUCCGACAGUAUGAGGAGCGCAACAAGGACCUCCAAGGGCUCCUGGACUGGAGCCGACCCAUCAAGGCCCGUCUCAAGGAGCCCAUACCGGAUGUCAAGGAUGUGGCUUCGCUUCAGAACCUCAUCACGGAGCACAAGCGUCUCCACGAGGAGCUCUUGAACAGGCGAUCGCACACCAACGAGGUCAUCCAGAAUGCGGAGCACUUCCUCCACGACCACCGCUCCAAGCUCACCAAGCCUCAGGUCGACGAGAUGCAGAAGCGCAUCGAGGAGCUGCGGGAGUACUACGACACCCUGACCGAUCUUUCCAGGGAGAAGCUGUCUAAGCUGAGAGAGAUGCUCAAUCAACUUGAACAGGAUCACCGUGACAAGGCCAAUCUUGAGCAGGAGACCAAGCGUCGCGUUGACACGUUGGUUGAACUUUUGGACUGGAUCACGGUGGCAGAGCGUAACCUUGGAAAUGAGCAGCCAAUCAUGGAACAGCGCAAGGCACUCGGCCAGCAGAUGCAGAAUCAUAAGGCUAUCAAUGAGGACAUCCUGGCCCACCAGCAGCCAGUCCUGUUGGCCGUCCACAACACCGAGUCCUUCCUGGAUCGCAGGAGCUCCCAGCUUAGCCCGGAGAUCUGCAACAAGCUCCAGGAGGGCAAGACCUCCUUGAAGAGCCGCUAUGACGUCGUCCAGAAGGAGGCGGAGACCCGGGCCAAGCAGCUCAGCGUGGAGGAGGAUGAGCUGGAGCACCUGGAGCCAGACAUGGCUGAGUUUGACAAGUGGCUCACCACGGCGGAGAGGGAUGCCAGGCAGUUCUUUGAGAGCUUUGGCUCUGAUACCCAGUCUCUGCAGAAACAGAUCCAAGAUCUGAAGAACUUCAACAACGACAUACUGGCUCAUAAGGGCGACCUUCGAGUCAACAACAUGUCCGGUCAGAAGUUCUUGAAGGGUGCCGACAAGUACAAGGGUGCCCUGACGGACUACCGGACCAACGUCAUGCCGGCGCAGUUCAACCGCCAAUUCCGCGAGAACCCUGAUCAGAACAUCAUCGGCGCCAAGCUGACCGACCUCAACCAGAGGUAUGAACAGCUCUUCAAUUCCUGUGAUGGACAGUACAAUAACCUGAGUGAUCUGCUGGAGCGGUUGACGCGCUUCAAGGGAUCCGUAGAAGGCAUGGAGACGUGGUUGCAGGAGGCCUAUGACACUCAGGGCCGCCUUAUGAAGGAACCGAUUGGAGCUGAGCCAGAGUUCAUCAAGAAGCAGAUUGAACGUGUUCAGAUGUUUUAUGAAGAGGUUGUCAAACAUGGCCAUGACAUUGACAGGGUCAAGGACGCAGGUUGUGACCUCUAUGAAAGUCAUCCGGAGCUGAAACCGGGUGUCGAGCGAACAGUCGCUACCAUAGACGAGAAAUACAAUGCCCUUCUCAAGCAGUACGUGGCCCGCAUCAACACCCUUGGCAACGCCUUGGCCCAGUCCCAGGACUACGAGGAGAACAUCUACUCCCUGAAUCAGUGGUUGGAGUCCCAUGAGCGGACCAUGACCCAGAUGGAGAGCUCACCCCUCAUUGCUAGGAUGGAGCCCCUCCAGGAAUGCGUCACCAACACCAAGACCUUCAGCAACGACCUCCAGACUAUCAAGCCAACCGUCGACAACAUCAACAAGGUCUCCAAUUCCCUCAUCCGGGAGUCGGAACCAGAGAUGGCCCGCAGCAUCCAGACCAAGAUGGACAACGUCAACCAACGCUACGGCGACCUGCAUCAACGCAACGACACCUACUCAACGACGGUGACCACCACCUACGAGACGGUGACGGUUGUGGAGGAUUCUGUGGAUGAUCUGGAUGACUUUGUGUUGCCUGCCAUCGAGAAACUGAGCUCGCCGCAGUUCAUGAGACAGCAGCCAAAGACCAUCAAUAGGGAACUUGAUUCCACCAAGCAACAGAUGGACCAGCACUCCCCCAAACUGCAGAAGAUCAGAACCCUGUCAGAAGAAGUCAAGAACAGCCCCAAUGUCAAGGACGCAACCCAUGUCACUUCUCUUGCCAAGACAUCGGACCAGAACUGGAAUACUCUCAAUGACAUCUAUAACACAAGGAGAACACAGGCCCAGGAACUCCAAGGAGCUCAGGACCGGUAUAGCAACAUCAACACCGAGUUUGAGAGCUGGAUCAACACCGUAGAGCGCAAGUAUGACAGCCUGCCCUCUGGUGUCAAGGACCAGUCUUCCGUCGAUCGCCAGGUCACGGAAAUCACUCCCCUGCACAGCGAAGUCACCAAUGCCGUGAAGCGCAUGGACGAGGUCAAACAAGCCGGGCAGACGCUGGGUCAACUUCAGAGGGAGGUAGAGAAGCCCAUCGCGUACACCGUGCAGCGCUCCAAGGAGUACAGUAUGCCACCAAUGGUCUCCACGGAGAAGAAGCCUCGCACCAUCGAAGAGGUCCAGAGAAGCUUCAGCGAACCUCAAGAGUCUCCCAUUUCCCAAGAGAUCACCACACACAACACCCGCUACGACACCCUCUUCAAGAACCUUGGCAGCCGUCUGGACGACCUGGAGCUGAUGCGACGUCUGAUGGCGCUCAACGACAACGGCAGCGAGCUCGUCGACUGGGAGAUCACCACAGAUAGCCGGCUCGAGAGGGAAGUCCCGACCAGCGAUGAUAUCGACACCCUAGAGAAAGAGAUCAAGAACUAUAAGGAAAUAUGUGAAGAUGUCCAGAGGCAUGGCCAGCCAGUGACCGAGACGUCAGCCAACAUUGACACCUUCAAUCGGGACAAUGCCCCUCGCCUUUCCCGUGACCAGCAGAACCAGCUGUCUGACCUCUCCAACACCCUGCGUACCCGCUAUGACGAUCUCACCGCGAGGUCCAGGCGUGAUAUGACUGAUGCGGAAGAGAGGCUUAGGAGAUUGAGGGCUGAACAGGAUGAGAGUGCCAUGAUCAGGUCGAUGGUUGAGAGUCUGUCCGCCGGGCUGCUACAGGAGUCUGACUGGAUCGAUACCGCUGAGAAGAGGCUUGGAUCAGAGCAACCCCUCAACGAGGAGACGGUUCCUCUACAGCAACAAGAGGCAGAACAUCAGGAUCUCAACGCCGACAUCACCGCCCACCAAGUACCCAUCGUCAAGUCCGUCCAGGACACGCAGAGCUUCUUGAACAAGUACGGUGACAAGCUCCGGCCCAACGACAGGUCCAGGCUCCAGGAGGGUGCAGAUACUCUCAAAGACCGCUAUGAUACAGUCUCAAAGGAGUCUAACCAGAGAAACAACAAGAUCGGCUACUCCUCCAACGACCUCAACAAGUACGAGAACGAGGGUGGUAACUUCAAGCAGUGGCUGGGAGACGCGGAGAUGCAGUUGGCCAACGCCAAACGCAAUGUGCCGGAGGACUACGAAGCUCUGAAAUCCAAGCUGGAUGAGCAGAAGGAGUUCACCGAGGACGUCAAUGACCACAAGGGUGAUCUCAAGUUCAUCAACAUGACCGGACAGAAGUUCCUUGAGAACGCCAAGAACUACAAGUCAGACCUGUCCCAGUUCAGGACUGCUGUCCUACCUCGUGAGUUCUCUCGCCAGUUCCGUGAGAACCCCGACACCAACAUCAUCCACUCCAACCUGACCGACCUCAAUGACCGCUACUCCCGUCUCAAGAUGGACUCUGCCGACUUCCUGGCCAGGCUGACCGAGGUGGCUGGCCGCCAGAAGCGUUACAACAAGGCGGUCAACUACAUCGAUGGCUGGCUGACCAGCUCCAGGACCAACCUGGACCAGAUGAUGAGGGAACCGAUCGCUGCGGAACCGGCUGAGAUCCAGAAGCAGAUUGAUCGUCUCAAGAACUUUUCUGAUGAUGUGGUCAUGCAUUCCGAUGAAGUACAGCUGGUGGACACCACAGGUCAGUCUCUUGGUGAGAUCGUACCAGAGUUGAAACCCCAGAUCAAGCGAACAACUACUGAUGUCCACAACCGUUACGACGGGCUCCGCGGCAACAUCGACGACCGCCUCAACACCCUGCAGAACGCCCUCACGCAGUCACAGAGUGUCCAGGAUAGCAUGGCAGAUGUCCUGCGCUGGUUAGACAAGGCAGAGAGGGAACACUACGUCCUUGACAAAGGAACGGCUGUCAAGGUCAAGAAAGAGCCACUGCAGGAACACUAUCAGCAGUACAAGAUCCUGCAAACAGACAUUGACAACCAUCGUCCCGUUGUGGAGGCGAUCAACCGUCAGUCCGGGGACCUGAUCAGGAACAGCGAGCCUCAGGUGGCGCAACUGAUCCAGUCCAAUCUUGAGAAGAUCAAUCAACGCUACGCCAAGGUGGAUACUGAUACACAGGGUACUGGACAAUACCUGACUGAUCUGACGGACAAGCUGAAUGAGUUUGUUAAACAGGUGGAUUCCCUGGAAGACUGGGAGCUACCCGUUAUCACCACCAUCGAGAACAGUAACUUCAUGCAGGGCAACUUGAACGAAGUCGCCAGCAAACUCAUGGACUCUCAGCGCCAGAUGGAGGGUCACACCCAGCAGCUGAACCUGGUCCGUCGCCUCGGUUCCGAGCUGUUGAAUCACCCCAAGGCAAGCGAUACAUCCUUCGUCUCCACCGUCCUGGACAACACCAACAGGAACUGGGAAAGUCUGGAGGAUGCUAUUGAAAAGAGAACUCAACAGCUCGAGGAGCGGCAGGCUGCCACCAAGAAGUAUAACACGGCCAGCACGGACACCAACUACUGGCUGGACACAUCCGAAAGGAGGGUCAAGCAGCUACAGCCGGUCUCCAUGGACAGACAGACCGUACAGAUGCAACUCAAAGAAGUUCAGCCUCUGCGUGAUGAAGUGAUCAGCUACAAACCCACCAUGACAGACCUCAACAAGGUCGGCAACAACCUUGAUCGUAUCAUCAAGGUCACCAACUCCUCCACAGCAACAGAGCCUCAUCUCAGGUCCACGACGCUAGGUCAGGAACGGAAGCCUGGUGAGAGGCUGAGACCCAAGAUGGCCGCUGCUUUGGACCAGAGUGGAUUCUUUGAUGAGGAAUCUCCUAUCAAGGAUGAACUGAACGUUGCCAACGAUCGUUACGACGACCUCUUGGCCAAACUCAAGGCUAGAGCCGAACUUCUGGAACUCAUCAGUGAGUACAUGGAUCUCAUGGGCCGCCUUGGGGAGACCCAUGACUGGAUCCAAAAACUUGACAACCAGAUCAACAUGACCAAGAGUGGUGCUGGAGAUUUGGAGUCGCUCACGCAACACCAGAGUGAUUUUGCAAACCUGAGGAAUGACUUUGAGCAGAGGCGUGUGCCCAUCCAGGAUGUCAUCAGCGACGCCGAGACCUUCCUGAGGGUCAACCGCAACCAGCUGACCGGUCAGCAGGCCCAGGACAUGCAGGACAAGAUCAAUGCCCUCAGGCGAUACCUUGACCAGGUCAUGGUCAUCACGGAACAGAUCGUCAAGGAGACGGAGACGCAGAUCAUGGCUGUGAACCUUGAGAUGCAGGAACAGUCUCAACUGGGCCUACAGUUUCAGGAAGUCUUGACGGCUCUGCAGGAUCAGCUGGAUUGGGUCAAGUAUUCCGAAGAACAGCACUCCUCUGAACAACCUCUUGCUGAAAUUCAAAGGGAGGUCCAUGAUCAGAAUCUGACACAUACAAAACUCAAUACAGAUGUCCAAGACCAUUCUGAGCCUGUCCAGAGGGCCAUCGAGGACGCCAACACACUCCUGAAGGCCAAGAGCGCCAAGCUCACCCAAGACGACCAGCGCGUCCUGCAGGAGAACUCCGACGAGCUCCGCACCCGCUACGACCGACUCAACAAGCACUCCUCCGAAUGCGCCAUCAAGGUGCCCCUUGCCGAGAACGACCUGGCAAAGAUCGAGGAAGACUUCACGGAAUUCGGAGACUGGUUGAGGUCCGCCGAGCAGGAGUUGGAUGCGAUCGUCAGGAACAUCGCAACGGACGGGGAGCAUCUGCAACAGCAGGUUGGAGAGCACAAGAAGUUUACGGACAACGUGGUGACACACUCGGCUGAUCUGAAGUACACAGACAAGGGCGCUCAACAGUUCUUGAACUUCAGCAAGACCUACCGUGAUUUCCUCAGGGAGUUCCGUAACAGAGUGGCUUCCCGGGAGUUUAUGCGCUCCUUCCAGGAGAACAAGGAGAGUGGGGUCAUCUUCCAGACACUCGCCGACUUCCACGCCCGCUACGAGCGGCUCAGGACAGCGUGCUUCGACCACGGUGACCUCUUGGGCAAGCUGGUGGAGAAGCACACCAAGUACUGGGGUCGCGUCGGAACGACGCAGGAUUGGCUCCAGGGGGCCGACGACUCCUUGAGGGAAAUCCUGAAGGAACCCAUUUGUGCAGAGACGGUCUCCAUCAGGAGACAGAUUGAAAAGUUGGCCAAUUUCAGGAAGGAGGUGGGCAGUCACCAGAAGGAUGUGGAUGGGGUCACAGAAGCGGGCGUUGACCUCAGCCAAGCCCAGCCUAACAUCGGGCCUACUGUCGAUAGGACCACGGGUGACAUCGUGGAUGACUAUGAAGCCCUUCAAGCCCAGAUCAACGACCGCUCCAACGCCCUUGAGGACGCACUGGCCAAGUCCCAGAACAUCCACGACAACAUCGACGAGCUGAUGUCCUGGCUGGACAACAAGGAGAAGGAUGUCCACAUGAUGAACAAAGGAACUGUGGUAGUGGUCAAGUCUGCGCCCAUGGAGGAACAGAUGAGUCAGGGCAAGAUGAUGGUGGAUGAGAUUGAGAUCAAGAAACCUGUGCUGGAACAGAUGGUGAUGUCAGCAAACACCUUCGUGGAGAAUUGUGCUCCAGAAGAGGGCAUGAUCAUCAAGCAGAAGCUGGAUGACCUCCAUGCCAGAUACAACCAGGUCUCUGGGACGUCUAAGGACCACGGCCAACAGCUCUCUGGCCUCAAGGAUAGACUGAAUGACUUUGAGCGAGCCUUGGAUGAGCUUGAAGAUUGGCUCCUGCCCAAGAUUGCCCGCGUCGAAUCCAAGGAAUUCAUGACGCAGGAACUUCCACGAAUCGGUGACGAGAUCCAGCAAUGCCGCCAGGAGAUCGACCAGCACCGCCCGCAGUACAAGGUGAUCCAUGACCUCGCCAACGAACUCAUGAAGCAUCCCAAGGCAACAGAUGUGUCCGAGGUCAAGACUAUGCUCAAGAACUGCGAGCUCAACUGGGACACCCUUGAGAAUGCCCUUGCAAAGCGGGCUGAGCAGUUUGACAGAAAGCAAGCCGCUGCCAAGAAGUUCAACACCUCCUUCAAGGAAACGACAGGAUGGAUUGACAAUCAGUUGAGGAGGAUUGAUCAGAUGGGUCCAGUCGCUAGGGAUGCCGAGCAGCUCAAGAGACAGAUCAGAGAGAUUAAGCCCUUCCAAACUGAAGUCAAAGACUACAAACCCAGCAUCGAUGAGAACUGGCGAUUCGGUACCGUCUACGAUCGUUUGAUCAGUGAAACUGAGGACACCAUCAACACACGCACUCACUCCCGCUCGACUGAGAUUGACGUCACCAAGCCGAUUGAUGCUAGACCCCCAACCUACGCCACUCCGGAUUUCAUCGAAGACAAGGACACCUUUGUUGAUGUCCAGAUGGCCGAGGUCCAAGAAGGCUACAAAGCCGUCCAGUUCGAGGUCUCAGAGCGCCUAGAGGACCUGGAACUCAUGCUGCAGUUCCUGGAACGCUGUGGUGGAAUCUUUGGCCUGCAGGACUGGGCCAACGAGACGGAGACCAAGCUCCAUCAGCUGAAACCGACAAGCCGGAAUGUGGAAGAGCUGGAGAGACAGAUAGAGGCCUUCAAGCCGAUCUGCAAGGACAUUGCUGACCACAGGGUCCCAGUCUCGGACGUGACAGUCCAUGCCGAGCAGUUCAUCCGCAACACCAAGGACAAGCUCACUCCGGAGCUUCAGACGGAGCUGACCGGUCUGGUGACAGAGCUACGGGACACCUAUGAGAGGCUCCUCCGUGACAGCCAGGGAUGGCAGAGAGAAGCCGAGGAUACACUAGCUGCACUGAAGAAGGACAGAGAUGAAACGAUGUCCGUCGAGGAGAGAGUGAAGGAACUGAUGCGAACUCUUCAGGACCUGCUGGACUGGGUAUCGCAAGCCGAGAGACACCUUGGUUCAGAACAGCCCCAAGAAGAGGCCGUUCAACCUCUUACGAGACAGCAACAAGAUCACCAGGUUUUGCAUGAGAAUAUUCAGCAGCACCAGCAACCCAUCCUGGAGGCUGCCCAGGAUGUUGAGUCCCUAAUCAAGCAGUUCCCGAAACGCAUCGAUGAACCAACCCAGAACAACCUUCGCAGCUCUGCCAAUGACCUCAAGUCACGCUACAACGUCGUGAACUACCAGUCCACCAAACGCCAGACCAAGCUUGGCUCCCAGACCGAAGAAAUCCAGAAGUAUGCCGACGACGAGGGUGACUUUGAGAGAUGGUUGAUACAGGCGGAGAAGACCCAGGCGGAUGUCCUGAAGAAUGUGGGACGGGACCUUACUACUCUGAAGAAGCAGAACUCUCAACAGAAGUCAUUCAAUGAAGAUGUAGUCAACCAUGUUGCAGAGCUCCGUUUCAUCAAUGUUACAGGACAGAAAUUCUUGGAUUCUGCCAAGGUCUACCGGCAAGAGCUUGCAGACUUCCGCAACAGCGUCCUGCCCCGGGACUUCAUCCGUAGCUUCUCAGAGAAUCCAAACAGCAAUCUCAUCCGUGACAAGAUCGCUGACUUCAACCAGCGCUUUGACAGGUUGAAGCUGACGUCUGCCCAGCACCUGGAACUUCUCCAGGACCUAGUUGAGAGGCACACAGUCUACGUCAAGGCCAGUGAUCGGGUCCUGGACUGGUUGCCCGGUGCUGAGGAUACCCUCGGGACACUCCUCAGGGAACCCAUCGCCGCGGAGCCAGCAAAUGUCCAGAAGCAGAUUGACAAACUUGAGACUCUUCGUGAUGAUGUCGUCCUGCACCUGAAGGAUGUAGAGAAUGUCAAGGACGCUGGCAAUGAACUCCUAGAAGUCCAGGAGGAACUGCGACCCGAGGUCACCCGCAACGUCAACGACAUCACCAAGCGCUACGAUGACCUGAAUGGUAAGAUCGCUGCACGUCUGAACGAGCUCCAGGCUGCCCUGGCCAAGUGCACCAGUGUUCAGGAGAGCAUGGACAUGCUGCUUAGAUGGCUGGAUGAGUCUGAACGCAACGUUCACCAGAUGGAGAAGGGGACGCUGAUUGCCGUGAAGCGGGAGCCGCUCCUGGAGAAUCUUCAGGAGCAGAAGGUGAUCAUGUCGGACAUCGAGAAUCACAUAUCGGCAGUGGACGCAGUCAACACCCUGGCCCAUCCCCUGAUCCAAUCCAGUGAGCCGAAGGAAGCCCGCCAGCUACAGUCCAAGCUCGACUCCAUCAACGAACGCUACGGCAAGGUCGACACCAGGACCAAAGACCAUGGCGUCCAUCUUGAUAGGCUUAGCCGCAGAUUGUCCGACUUUGAGGAGGAGGUGGAGAAUCUAGAGGAUUGGCUGCUGCCCUCUGUUGACGAGCUGGAGUCUAAGCAAAUUGCACAGCUUCCUCUUCCAGAGUUUGGCAGCAAAUUGCAGAGUGUCCGCAAGGAGACGGAUGCACACAGGCCACCCUUGAAGAAGGUUCACCAGCUCGGUGAUGAACUGAUCAAAGACACCAAGGCCAAGGAUACGUCCUAUGUGACAUCGGUCCUCAGCAACGUGGAUGCCAACUGGAAGGCUGGCGAAAAGGCCUACAACACCAGAAACAAACAACACGAUGACCUCCAGAACACAACCAAGAAGUACCAGACUGACCGCAAAGAUGUCCUGUAUUGGCUUGACAACACGGAACGUCGCCUUGACCAGGUCCAGCCUCAGGCCAUGGAUGCCAACACUGUCCAGAUCCUUCUCAAAGAGCUUAGGCCAUUGCAGAAGGAGAUAACCGACCACAAACCCAAGAUAGACAGUAAUGCCAAGAAUGGUCAGAAGCUAGACACGGUCAUCCGUGACACCGUUCAACCGCUUCAGAGUGUCCCUCACUACCGUUCCACUGAGCUCGGAAGCAUCGGGCAGCAGGACCAGGCUGGCAAGUUCCAGGAACCAGUUGAAUUCAUUGGGGAGACGCCAGUCCAGAGCGAGGUCUAUGAUGUCAACAAUCGCUACGACAAUCUGAAACACCGCAUCAACGCCACUUUGGAAGAUAUCGCCCUCUCGGAAGAAUGGGUCAACAAUCUGAACAAGGUCAACGGUGAUAGUGAAUGGGUCACUGCUUCUGACACCAAGAUGGAGAGAGCGAGACCGAUGGCCAACGACAUUCCCACGCUGACCAAAGAGAUUGACGUUUUCAGGGGCAUCCACAGCGACGUCCGCGGCAGGCAACCGAACAUCUCCGACACCGUCAAUGGAUCCGAGCUCUUCCUGCGGAAGAACAAGGACAGGCUCUCCCCCAAGCAGAACGAGGACCUGUCCCAAAAGUCCAGCGACCUUCGCGGAGAGUACGAUGACAUCUACAACAGGUCAGAUGACUGGCUCAGGGAAGCCAUCGACAGGCUGAACAGGAUGGAGAUGGACGAAGAACAAAGGGUGCGACUUGAGACUGAGCUACGAGAGAAGGGCACCAAACUCCAGGAUCUCUUGGAUUGGUUGGUCAAGGCGGAACAGGCCUUAGCUGCACAACAGCCUCUCAAUGAGAAGAGUCCGCAGGUCGUACAACAGUACACAACCCACAAGCCUCUCCAUGAUGACAUCCAAGCACAUCAGCAGCCCAUCCUGCAGUGUGUUGAGGACAUCGAACAGCUCCUGAAGACACUCGGUGACAGGGUGGGCAAGACUGAGACCAAACGCCUCAGGGACGGUCAGGACGAACUCAGAGGGCGCUACGAGGCUGUCCAUACACAGUCCCAAGACAGACUGAAGACAUUGACCCAGGCCAUCCAAGAUCUUGAGAAGUUUGAGGUCGACUUCACUGAAUUCACUGACUGGCUUCAAGCUGCGGAGCGCAAGAUGGACAACUCCGAGCGCAACGUCGCCAUCGAGCUCGUCCCACUCAAGCAGCAACAGGCCGACCAUGCCGAGUUUGGCGAGGACGUCAACGAUCAGAAGGGAGACCUGAAGUUCUUGAACAAAGGAGGACAGGCCUUCAUUGAUAUGGCUAAGGUCUAUCGUCAAAGGCUUGCUGAAUUCCGUAGCAUCCUCCCCCGCCAGCAGAGCCGAGCCUUCCAGGAGGCUGCAGAGCCCAACAUCAUCCGCGGUCAGCUCACCGACAUCAACGCCCGCUUCGACAAGCUCAAGCUUCGCUACGGCAAGCACCUGCGUCUCCUCAACGAGCUGGUUGCCAAGCACCAGCUUUAUGCAGACAGCGUGGGUGGAGUCUCCACGUGGCUGGGUAACGCCGAGGCAACGUUGAGUAAGAUGAAGAGCGAGCCGAUCGGUGCUACCAAGGAAACCAUCCUGAGACAAAUUGAGAAGGCAGAGACUUUCCACCAAGACGUUGUUGCCCAUGCCAGCGAUGUUGAAAAUGUGAAGGCCAAUGGGGAAGAGCUCAUAGGAACACAGCCGGCUGUUAAACAAAACGUUCAGAGAACAACAGGAGACAUCGUAAAGCGAUAUGACGCCCUUGAGAUGGGUGUCAACGACUUCCUGGAGAAGCUCAGGGUGGCCCUAGCCAACACCCAGGGAGUCAUGGAGAACCUUGACAUGCUGGAGAAAUGGCUGGACGAGGCGGAGAAGGAGCAGCACAAGCUGGAGAAAGGCACGGUGACUCCUGCUCGCAGGGAGCCCAUCCUGGAUCAGAUUGAGAACAAUAAGGUCCUCGAGGAUGAUAUUGCCAGCCACCGCACACCCAUCGACUCCGUCAAUGUGGCCGCCAAGAAGCUCAUGACGACCGUUCCACCCAACGAGGCAAAGCUUGUCCAGGAGAAGCUCAACCGGGUCAACGAUCGCUACGGCAACGUGUCAUCGGCUGCCAGGGACCACGGCGAAGGGCUAAUGACCCUCAGCAAGAAGUUGUCCGACUUUGAGAAGGAGGUGGACGACUUUGAGGACUGGCUCCUGCCGGACCUGGAGACGCUGGAGUCGGAGGCUCUGAUGAAGCAGGAGCUUUCCAACACGGCUAACACCCUCAAGGAUAUAAGCCGUCGACAUGAUGCCCACAAGCCACAGUACAGCCGCAUCCACAAGCUUGCUGAAGCCCUCCUCUCUGAUUCCAAGGCCAAUGAUACAUCCUAUGUCACAUCGGUUGUCAACAAUGUCGACAAGAACUACCUAGACUUUGAAGAGGCACUCAAAAAGAGGAACAAAGACCUUGACCGAAAGCGAGAUGCGGAGAAGAAGUACGGUGAUCGUCACCGUGACACGACCCAAUGGCUGACCGGUAUGGAGCGCAAGGUCAACCAGCUUCCGGUCAGUGGCAAGGAUCUCGCCACUGUCCAGAAACAGUUACAAGAGUCCAAGCCAAUCCAGGAAGAGGUAAUUGGAUACAAACCCAGCAUCGACACCUGCAACAAGCUUGGCCACACCUACGACUCGGUCAUCAGGGAGACUGACCAACCCAUCGUGGCCCAACCUCACAUCCGGUCUCUCCAGGCCACCAUGCCCAAAGGCGGACAGGUCAAGCAGUCAGUGGUUGAUCUGGACAAGAGUGGCAUCUAUCAAGAAGAUGAGACACCAACAGAGCGUCAACUCUCAGACGUCAACCGCCGCUACGAUGACCUCUUGAAGAACAUGCAGUUCCGCAUCGAUGACCUCAACCUGACACGGCAGUACAUCGAGCGUGAUGGGAAGGUCGGUGAGCAGCUGGAAUGGGUGACGGCUACAGAGACCAAACUAGCGAGGUCCGAGCCCCGUAUCCCAGCUACGGAGAUCGAACCUCUGGAGAAGGAGAUUGAAAAUCUUGAGAAAAUUGUCACUGAAAUCAGCGCCCACAAGAUCCCGAUUGAUGAUGUAAGCCUCCGAAGUGAGCAGUUUGUUGCUGACAACAAGGACGUCCUCCCUUACGACAAGCAGGAUAGUCUCAACCGCAGGACUAUCGCUCUGAAAGACGGCUAUGGUCGUCUUAACGUCACCUCCACAGAUUGGCUGAAGGAUGCCAACGAUGAACUCAAUAGGCUCAAGCAUGAGCGAGACCAAGGGUUGUCCCUGGCUGAGCGUCUGCAGCAAGCCCUUGCUGGACUAGCCGAUCUUCUAGACUGGGUGGCAGAGGCUGAACGUAGACAGGGCUCAGAACAACCCAUGUCAGAAGUACCCAAGAACCUUGGUGCACAAGCUAAGGAUCACAAGGUGUUGCACGAGGACAUUGUGGCUCAUCAGCAGCCAGUGGUAGAGGUCGUUCAGACUGCCCAACAGCUCAUUGACCAGUUCGCUGACCGGCUCAAACCGACAGACCGCACCAAACUACAGGACCUCAGUUCGGAGCUCAAGAAGCGCUACGACGUGGUCUACGUCCAGUCGCAGACCCGCGAGAACCGCCUCAACGGGGCCAUCCCUGAACUUGACAAGAUCCUGGAAGACAACCAGGAGAUCACCCAGUGGCUUGGAGAUGCUGAUCGCCAGCUGCAGGUGGCACAGAAGGAUAUUGGUCGUGACCUGAAGACUCUCAAAGACCAGUUUGAGAAGCAGAGUGCCUUCAAUGAGGAGAUCUUAACGGAAGGAGCUGAUGUGCGCUUCUUGAACAUGAAUGCCAAGAGGAACAUGGAUGGGGAAAAGGUCUAUCGUCAAGAACUUGCCAACUUCCGACAGACUGUCCUCCCUCGCAAGUUCAACGACUCAUUCCGUGAGGAGCCAGAACCCACCGUCCUGCGUGACAUCGUGAACAACGCCAAUGGACAGUAUGGUGACCUGAAGACCGCUUCGUCCAACCUGACGCAACGGCUACGCGUCCUGGUAGACCAUCAUCAGCUCUUCAACAAUGCCGUUGAAGGCAUUCUACCGUGGUUGGGCAACGCUGAGACCACCUUGGCCAAGCUUCUCAAGGAGCCUAUUAGUGCCGAUCCAACAGCCAUUGAGAAGCAAAUCGAGAAACUUCAGAAUCUGAGGAAUGAUGUCGUCCAACACCUUAGCGACGUUGAGAAGGUCAACGACACUGCCAAUGACCUGGUGGUCAUUCAACCCGCUGUAGAGAGGGAUGUCACAAGACAAUCAGAUGACAUUGACAAGCGCUACCGAGCACUGGAAGGCAACAUCGACGACCGCCUUGCUGCUCUCCGCCGAGCCUUGAGCCAGUCACAGGGUGUCCAGGAGAACCUGGACAUGCUCCUGCGCUGGUUAGACAAGGGAGAGAGGGACUGCUACAACAUGGAGAAGGGAACCCUGAUCAGUCUCCAGAAGGAGCCUCUCCUGGAGAACAUGGAGUCACAACAGAUCCUUCAGAAGGACAUUGUUAGCCACAAGCCUGACAUUGAUGCAGUCAACCAAGCCGCUACCCAGCUGAUCAAAACCAGUGAGCCCCAGGAGGCCAAACUAAUUAGCGACAAGCUAGCUGAAGUCAACGACCGCUACAAGAAGAUCGGUGACACCACCUCCAGGCACGGCGAUGUUCUCAAGGGACUCGUGGACAGGGUUGGUGACUUUGAGAACCGGGUGGACAAGCUGGAGGACUGGGAGCUUCCGGUGAUCCAGACCCUGAAUGCCAAGGAGAUGGGACAGAUGGACACUCCAAAGCUCAUUGGCAAACUCAAGGAUGUCCGCCAGCAGGUUGAUGGUCAACGCCCUGCCCUGAAGCAGGUACAGCAGAUGGGAGAACAACUCAUCAAGGAACCCAGAGCCAACGACACAUCACACGUCAAGGGUAUCAUCGCCAAUGUCAACCUUAACUGGGCCACACUGGAGGAUAGCCUUGGACAAAGGAUGAAGCAGGUGGAUGACCUCCAGGCCGCCAGUGACAAAUAUGGCACCCAGCACAAGGACACUACCUUCUGGUUGACCAACAUGGAGAGACGGGUAGACCAGGCCAGACCGCAUGUCAAGGACAAGGCUGCCAUUCAGGCCAGACUGAAAGAACUCAAGCCUUUCUUGGAAGAAGUGGAUGCCUAUGAACCAAACGUCAUAAGCAUCAACAGGACUGGUGAUGCUCUAGAUGCGCUCAAGAGGGAUGUAGCUCAAGCAGUACCAUGCAAACCCUUACAGAGGUCCACACAGCCUGGACUAGAAGCAGUACCAGCGUCAAGAGUCGAGUCUGAGCCCCAUAUUGGUGACGACACACCAGUGCAGCGUGAGCUUGAUGAUGUCAACCAACGUUACGCCGACCUUCGCAAGCACCUGAUCGAUUGCCUGGAUGAUCUCCAUGUAGCCGAGAGAUGCAACGAGGAGACCGACAAUGCCCAGGACACUCUUGACUGGGUUGAGGCCACAAACACCAAGCUUGUACAGGCCAAACCAAAGAGCAGAGAGAUAGAGCCACUUAGGGAGGAAGUCAAGGCUUUCAAGACUCUUCAAGCAGAGGUGCAAGCCAAACAACCCCAAGUCAGUGACACCAUCAGCUCUGCAGAGCACUUCAAGAGGGAGUACCGCGACAAGCUUUCCGAGGACCAGCGUCAACCACUGGAAGAGAAGGUCGACAAGCUCAAGUCUCGCUACGAUCAGGUCUACAACGAUUCCAACGACUGGCUGCGGGAUUCGACUCAGGCCUUGGAUGACCUUGUCAGAGAAGAUGAAGAAAGGAAACGAGUUGACACUCUUCUGAGAGAGAAAUUGACGGCACUUGUGGAUCUCCUGGACUGGGUAAGCCAGGCGGAGCAUGCUCUAGGGUCUGAACAGCCCCAGAGUGACCAGUCUCAACCUCUCCAGAAACAGGUGGAAAGCCACAAGGUUCUUCACGAUGAUGUUCUAGGCCACCAGCAACCCGUAGCUCGCUGCACGCAAGACGUUGUCCAGUUUCUGCAGCAGUACGGCGACCGCAUCAGUCCAGAGAACUUCAACAAGCUACAGGACGGCGGCCAGAACCUCCAGUCCCGCUUUGACGUCGUCCUCAACCAGUCCUACGUCCGCACCAAUCAGCUCAACCCAGCAUUGGAAGAGGUCAAGAAGUUCGAGCAGGAGACAGACGAGCUGGAGACCUUCCUGGGGAAGACAGAGAACAAGAUUGACAUGCUAGGUGCAAACGUUGGAACAGACUAUGCCACGCUCAAGAGCCAGCUGGAUGAGCACCGCAUGAUCACGGAGGACAUCAACGAUCAGAAGGGAGAUAGAAAAUUCAUCAACAAGACCGGUGCCACUUUCCAGGAACAAGCAACGGCAUAUAAAGACACCCUUACUGACUUCAGGAACACGGUGCUCCCACGCACCUUCACCCGCAACUUCCAGGAGAACCCGGAACCUGAGGUGAUGCGGAACCGCAUCUCCACCAUCAACGACAAGAUGGACACCCUAAAGACAACCUCAGGACAGCUCGGCGAGCACCUCAGGGAUCUUGUCGACAAGCACGAGAAGUACAACUCUGCUGUUGAUGGGUUCAACGGAUGGUGCGGCGAUGCGGAAAAGAAGCUGGGCGUCCUGGAGAAGGAACCGGUUGGAACGGAACCCGUCUCCAUCAUGAAGCAGAUCGAUAGGGUCAAGGACUUCAACGAUGACGUGAUCGCCCAUGGUCGGGAUCUUGAGAGGGUGAAGUCGACAGGAAACGAGCUGGUCGACGCCCAACCAGAACUCAAACCAAAUGUGGAUGACACCAAAGAUGAAAGCAACGAGCGCUACCAGGCUCUCCUGGCCCACAUCGCGGAUCUCCUGACCAAGCUGAACACGGCUCUGGCCACUGCCCAGGGUCUCCAGGGGUCCUUGGAUGCCCUGCUCCGAUGGCUUGACCAGGCCGAGAGGGAUGUCACCAAGAUGGACCGUGGGACCAUCAUCAUCGCUAAGAAGGAGCCUCUGGUCCAGAACAUGGAGGAACAGAUGGUCAUCAACACUGACAUCGUAGCACACCAGCCAGCCGUUGAGUCCGUCGUGAAAGCAGCUGACGAAGUCCUCCUCAACAGCGAGCCCGAGGAAGCUCGCAACAUCCAAUCAAAGGUCGACAGCAUCCAGAAGCGCUAUGAUGUCAUCAGUGAUGUCACUGGGAAGCACGGGGAAGAUCUCCAACUCCUCAACGAUAAACUUUCCGACUUUGAGAAGGAGGUCGACAACCUGGAGGACUUUGUGAUCCCUGGCUUGGAGACCCUUGAGGCUAAGGAUCUAAUGAGAAUGGAUAUGAACCAACUGGGCAAGAAGCUCAAUGACAUGAACACCCAGAUUGAGGCUCACAGACCACAGUACAAGCUUGUCCAUGAGCUAGGUGAAGAGAUCGUCAAUAAGACCAAGGCCAAGGAUACCAGCUAUGUCAACGCAGUACUUGCCAAUGUGGACAAGAACUGGAAGGACCUCCAGGAUCUCAAAGAUCUUAGGAAGAAGCAGCUGACCCAGAAGCAGCAAGCAACGAACAAGUACAACACCGGCUACCGGGACACCAACACCUGGAUCACCACCAAGGAGAGGACCCUUAGUCAACUCCAACCCGUUGCCAUGGAUUCAAGGAUGCUAUCCAGGCAGGAGAAGGAGAUCAAGCCUUUCCAGCUGGAGGUCACAGCUUACAAGCCCACCAUGGACGAACUGAACAAGGUCGGUAACAACCUGGACACCCUGCUCAGGGAGCUAGAAGCACCGGUGAAGUCCACACCUCACUACAAGUCUCUGCAGCUCAGCACAGGUCUUUCUGGAGACCAGAUAGUCCAGCAGCAGAUCAAGGACACCCUGGAGCGCAGCACGUACCAAGAACCAACAGAAGACAGCGACAUCAAGCGCCAGCUUGGUGAUGUCAACCGCCGUUACGAUGGCCUCAAGAUCCGCAUCAAGGAUCGGCAGGAUGACAUUGACCUUGCCCAUCUGUUCCUGGACCGUCUUGGUGAUGUCAACAACCGUCUGGACUGGUGUGCCAACGCAGACAGCAAGCUGAUGAAACUCAAGCCAACCAGUCGGGAUCUUGAAAAACUCAAGGCGGAGUUUGACAAGUUCAAGGACUUUGAGGGCAGCGUCAACACCAACAAGCCAGCCAUCCUUGAGACGAUUGUAACAGGUGAACAGUUUGCCAGAGAGAACCAGGACCGUCUGCUUCCAGAACAACAAGAGGAGCUCCAACGCAAGACAGAUGAACUCCGUACGUACUUUGAUACCGUCGAGAACAAGGCUGCUAAGAUUGACGGAGACACCAAGGCUAAUAUUGAUAACCUGGAGUUUGAGAUCUCAGAAGAGAUGCGUGUCAGGCAGCUGUUCAACGAUGCCCUUGGCUCCAAUGUCAAGCUCCUUGACUGGGUUUCUGAUAUUGAGAGACGUCUAGGAUCCGAACAACCCAUCAAGGAGGAAACCAAACCACUCAAUCAGCAAGCCUCGCAGCAUAAGGUUCUUCAUGAAGAGAUCCUCAGCCGCCAACAGCCUGUAAUGGAAGCCGUCCACACUGCCACCCAGCUUGUAGAUCAGUACAGUAGCCGGCUCAGGGAUGCUGAUGCCUUCAAGCUCAAGAACACAGCCAGUGACCUCAAGACACGCUUCGAUAACGCUGUUGUCCAGUCCUACACCCGCAACACCAAGCUCGGAUCCUCGGCGGAGGACAUCGGGCGCUACGAUGGAGACAUCAGCGAGUUUGAUGACUGGCUGACGAAUGCAGAGAGGUCAGUGGAAUCCAAGAGACGUGCUGUACCCAAGACUUUAGAAGAGUUGGAGAAGAGCCUUGCGGAUAUGAAGACCUUUGAGAAGGAGGUUGUGACUCAAGGGGCUGAUCUGAAGUACAUCACCAAGACAGGAAACAAGUUCCUGGACAAUGCCAAGGUGUACAAAGAAGAGCUAGCUGAUUAUCGCAAGUCAGCCUUGCCUAGAGACUUCAAUGCUAACUUCAGUGAAGAACCUGAGACCAAUGUCAUCCGGGACCACCUGGGCAAGAGCAAUGACCGCUACAAUGCCCUCAAGCUGAAGACCAAUGACCUGACCUCAGAGCUUUCGGAUCUUGUAGACUGCCACCGUCGGUACAACAAGAACCUCACAUCGACCGAUGGCUGGUUGAAUGAUGCCAGGGAGAGCCUGGAUGCUCUCCUUCAGGAACCGAUUGCCUCAGAGCCGAUCAACAUCCAGAAACAGAUCGAUACUCUCAAGACUCUCCAUGAUGAUGUUGUCCUCCAUGGCCGUGAUGUCGAUGAUGUCAAGUCAACGGGAGAAGAUCUGAUUGACCUUCAGCCUGCCACCGAACCUGAGGUCAACCAGGCUACAGAUGAUGCGGUGAGACGCUACCAUGAGCUUGAGGGAGAGCUGGCGGACAGGAUGAGGGCGCUGCGUAAGGCACUGGCCGACUCUCAGUCCGUCCAGGAUAGCCUUGAUGCUCUCCUGCGAUGGCUGGAAGACAAGGAGAAGACAUUGAUGAGGAUGAUGAAGGGAACAGUGAUUGUGGUCAAGAAGGAGCCAUUGGUUGAGAACCUACAGGAAUAUAGGCUUCUGGAGAAGGAGAUCGAAAACCACCGGCCCACAAUCGAAUCUGUCUUCCGGGCCACCAACUCUGCCCUUCGAAACUUUGCCCCCGAGGAGCGAGCCAUCUACCAGGACAAGAUGAACGACUUUGACGCCCGCUUCGGUCAGCUGACCGGCUCCCUCAAGGAGCAUGGAGAGAACCUCCAGGGCCUCUCAGGGAACCUUGUGCAGCUGGAGCUGAAGCUGGAUGACCUGGAGGAGUGGCUUAUGCCUCUCCUGGAGACCCUAGAGUCCGGCGACUUCAACGACAGAGAGAUCCCGGAAGUAGAGACCGCUAUCAAGGAGAUCAUCCAGGACGUUGAUGCUCAUCGUCCUGAGUGCCAGGCCGUCCACGCCCUAGGUGAAGAACUCAUCAGCCAUCCCAAGGCUGGGGACACUUCCUUUGUCUCUGCAGUUCUCACCAAUCUUGACCAAAACUGGACAAGUCUUGAGGAUGUUGUUGCCAAACGGGUACAACAAUUGGAAGAUCGCCAGGUUGCGACCCGACGGUACGACAGCCGCGCCAACGAUGUCAACUACUGGCUUGACAACAUGGAAGACAAGCUGGGCAAGCUUGACCUGGAAGUACAAGAUAUUCAGGCAGUUGACCUUCAAAUACAGCAUCUCAAGCCUCUUCAGCGAGAGAUCACCGACUACCGCCCCAAGAUUGUGGAGGUGAACAAGGUGGGCUCCGCCCUUGACAACCUGAUCCGUGACAUCAUGCACCCGCUGGACAGCAGACGUCACUACUGGUCCUCCCAGAUUGGUGCCACCCUCCAGACGGAGUGGACUCCACAGAAGCCAAAGACCAAGAGGGCCGGCGGAAGAGAUGAGACUGAUAAGACUCUCCUAGAAGAUGACACAGAAGUCGAGAAGGAACUGGAAGUCACCAACAAGCGCUAUGAUGAGCUCAACCGACGCCUUGCGGAUGCCCUGGAGGACCUCCGCAUCGUACGCCUCUGUGCCGACAAGGUCGACUCUCUCCAGAACCUUCAAGAGUGGGUCAACCAGAUCGAGGCCCGACUGACCGAUACCAAGCCGACAAGCAGAGAGCUCCAGCCGUUGGUCCGAGAACUGGAUGUUUUCAAGUCUUAUGAACGUUUUGAAUUGCAGUUGAUUGUAACAAAAGUUCAGCCCAUCCAUGCGGAGGUGGCCGACCACCGCCCAGUCAUCCUGGAGGUUGUGCACAGCGCCGAGCAGUUCCUCCGGGACCAUCGUGACAGGCUCCACCCCAACCUGCAGAACAAGCUCAAAGGUUUGACCUCCAACCUCAGGUCAUCCUACGAACAGGCCUCGCUCAAGUCCAACGAUUGGCUCAAGGAAGCUACCCAGGUCCUGGACCUCCUGAAGAGCGAGGAAUCUGACCAGGUUGCAGUAGAUGAGCUGUUGCAGGCCACGAUACAAGCCUUGGAUGAUGAACUUGAAUGGAUUCCGAUCAUUGAAAAGAGGUUGGGCUCGGGACAGCCGUUCACCGAGGAAUCAAAACCUCUCGCACAGCAAGAAGUAGAACACAAGGCCAUCCAUGAUGAGAUCCAGAACCACAAGACCCCAGUCCUGCAGGCUCUCCAGGAGACCCAGUCCCUGAUCCGUCAACACUCCCAGAGUCUUAGACCAGAAGAUCAGACCAAACUCAGUGAGAAGCAGACAGACCUCAGGAACCGAUACGAUGCUGUCACAACCGAGUCUCUCAACAGGACCAACAAGCUUCGAUUCUCCAACGAGGACCUUCCACUUCUGGAGAGCGAGGUUGGUGACUUUGAGAAGUGGUUGGACGGUGCUGAACGCACCCUGGACAACACCCUGAGACAGUCUCAGAUGGAGCCUGAGGCGAUCCGCAAGCAGUACAACACCAUGCGUGGCUUCUCUGAGGAUGUCAUCGCUCACGCUGCGGAUAUCAAGUUUGUGGUCAAGGGUGGCCAGAAGUUCCUGGAGUCAGCAAAGGUCUACGCUCAAGACCUCGCCGUCUUCCGCGAUGCGGCCCUCCCGCGCCAGUUCAACCGCAACUUCACCGAAAACCCUGAGAGUAACAUCAUCCGUGACAAGCUGGCCAAGAUCUCAACCCGCUAUGACCGUCUCAAGGGCAAGGCCGUGGAGACCACCAGCGCCCUCAGGGAUGUGGUGGAGAAGCAACAGAAGUUCCAGGACGUUGCGGACAGUCUAGGAAUCUGGCUCCAGGAUGCGGAGGGAUCGCUGAAGGCUCUCCAGAAGGAGGCCAUUGGAGCUGAUCCUGCAACCGUGCAGAAGCAAAUCGACAGGCUCAAGGUUCUCCGUGACGAGACUGCCUUCCAUCUGAAGGACAUCGAGAGGACCAAGGAGGCAGGCAGGAACCUGGCCGAUUCCAAACCUGAACUCCAGCCCGAGAUCAACAAGACAAUUGACACACUGACACGCCGCUACAACGACCUCGACGGCCAGAUCAACCAGCGAAACCAGCAGCUGCAGAACGCCCUCACUCAGUCACAGGGCGUGCAGGACAGCCUGGACACACUGCUCCGAUGGUUGGAUGAGAGCGAGAAGGGCGCACACCGAAUGGAGAAGGGUACCAUCCUAGUCGUCAAGCGAGAUCCGUUGGUAGAGAACAUCCAGGAACAAAAGGUUCUUGAGGAUGAUAUCACAGCUCACAAACCCGCCGUCGAGAACGUCAACCGCUUGGCGAAGACCCUGAUACAGAACAGUGAACCUAAGGUUGCCAAGGUUCUGCAAACCAAACUCAACAAUGUCAACACACGAUAUGACAAGGUAAGCGUGGCAACCACCAACCAUGGUAAGACCCUUGGUGACAUGCUGGAGAAGCUGAACGAGUUCGAGAAGGAGGUUGACCACCUGGAAGACUUCCUCCUGCCAGCCAUUGACCGCUUGGAACACCGUGAAUUUGGCCGUCAGGAGAUCCCUGAAGCUGAGAAGCAACUCAAGGACUACAAGGCACAGCUGAACGACCAACGACCAUCCCACAAGCGGGUCAACCACCUUGGCGAGGCCCUGGUGCGUGACCCCAAGGCGGGAAACACUUCCUAUGUCACCGACGUCAUCUCGAACCAUGAGAGCAAUUGGAAGACGAUGGAGGAGGUCCUGGCGAAGAGGUCUAGGCAGAUUGAUCAGGAGCAGAAGGCCGCUAAGAAGUACAACCAGAGCAACAAGGAUGUUAACCACUGGCUGGAUAACAUGGAACGGAAGAUGGCCCAACUCCAGCCGGUGUCUACCGACCCCAUGACCCUACAGACGCAGGUUGAACAGCUCAAGCCUUUCAAGACGGACGUCAUGGCCUACAAGCCCAAGAUCAUCGACGUCAACAAGUUCGGCCAGACCCUUGACCGCCUGAUCAAGGAGGGUGACUCGACGGUCAGUCUACGGCCACGCUACCGGUCUCUUCAACUCGGCUCCAUGAAGGGAGAUGAGAUGUCUCUGCAGAGACGUCCAGUUGAUACCUCGGACAUCAGUGACUAUCAAGAAGAUGACAGCAAGAUUGUCCGUGAGCUUGCGGAGAUCAACCACCGCUACGAGGCCCUGCGUGCCACCCUGACCGACCGCGAAGAGGACCUGGACUUGAACUCUAAGCUUGCCGAGAAAACCAAUAAUGUUGGUGGCCUGAUGGAAUGGGUCACUGCUACGGAUGCCAAGGUGGUCAACGCAGCUCCUCGUGGAGCCGACAUGGGCCAGUUGAGCGAUGAGCUGGAGAACUACAAGCACGUCCAUGGUGACAUAGACAACAACAAGGCGGCCAUCUUGGAUGCCAUACAUUCCACCGAUCAGUUCUUGAAGGACAAACGUGCCAAGCUCUCGCCGGAGAGGGUAGGCGAGCUCCAGACGAGACUUGCUGACCUCCGCAAGCAGUACGACCUUCUCAGCCGCAAGUCUGAUGAUGUCUUCAAGAACACGGAGAGCACCCUUGCUCGCCUGCGCACAGAGGAGGAAGAGAAGAUGAAGCUGAAGGAGCAGUAUGCCGAGAUCAAGGAUCAGCUCAGGAGCCUGAGCGACUGGCUCACCCAAGCGGAACAUCAACUGGGAGCUGAACAGCCCAUCCAGGAACUCAUCAGACCUCUGACUGACCAAAAGAACAACCACAAGGUGCUCCAUGAAGACAUCCUUGUGCAUCAAGGUCCAUUCCUUGAGACUGUUCAGGAAGGCAACCAACUCCUGAAGCAGAAGGGUGACCGACUCACCGACGAUGAGCGUGCUGCCCUCAAGGCCCCUAUGGAUGACCUCAAAGUCCGUUAUGAGAACGCCAACGUCCAGUCCACCAUGCGGACCGACAAGCUCCGCGGGGCACUGGACGACCUCAACCGUCUUGAGCCAGAGAUGCGGGAGAUGGAGGAGUGGCUGAGGAAUACUGAACAAGCCUUGGAGAAGUCCAACCGCAAGAUUGAGGUUGAUGAGGAAGCUCUCCAGAGGCAGUAUGAGGAACAGAAGGCUCUGGCUGAUGAUGUCGUCACCCAUCGUGCUGAUGUGAAGUUCAUCAACAUGACUGGACAAGCCUUUGUUGACAAUGCUAAGCUAUACAAGGAAGAGCUGAGCGAUUACCGCUCCACUGCUCUCCCACGGCAGUUCGGUCAAACCUUCAGUGAGGCACCCGAGUCCAACACCAUCCGGGACAAACUCGGCAACAUCAAUACCCGCUAUGAGAGGCUCAAGACCCGAUGCCUGGAGCAUAGGGAUCAUCUUGGAGACAUCUGCGAUAAGCAGGCUCGAUAUGCCCAGGUGGUUAACCCAACAUUGCCAUGGUUGGAUGAGAUGUAUGCUGCACUAAAGGAUAUGGAGAAAGAACCCAUCGCGACUGAACCUGAAGUCGUCCAGAGACAGAUCGAUGAUCUCAAGGCUGUUGGUGAUGAAGUUCUCAUGCACAUCAAGGACGUAGAGAACGCCAAGGAAGCUGGUCGCGACCUCUCCGACUCCCAUGAGGACAUCAAACCUGAGAUCCAGAGGCAGACCCGAGACAUGAGUGACCGCUACAGCCAGCUGGAAGCCAUGCUGACCGAUCGCAGUAACUUGCUCCACACCGCCCUGACCGAGUCCCAGACUGUCCAGGGUGGACUGGACUCCCUUCUCAGGUGGCUGGAUGACACAGAGGCAACACUGAACAGACUGGAAGAAAGGACACCAAUCUCUCUAAGGAAGGAACACUUGGCUGACAUCAUGCAACAAUACAAGAAACUCCUUGCCGAUGUUGAGAACCGUAAACCAAGCGUUGACGGCAUCAACAAGUCGGCUGCCAAGCUCCUAGCCACCACGACCGAUGCAGCUGAAGCGCGUGCCCUCCAGUCCAAGUUGGACACCUUGAACACCCGCUUUGAGCGGCUGUCCGGCCCUGCCCGCUCCAGUUGUGACUUCCUGCAGAAGCUGUCCGACAGGCUUGGACGUCUCCAGGAUGAGGUGGACAAGCUGGAGGAUUGGUUGAUACCUGCCCUGGACCUGCUGAAGGCACCGGACCUGAGCCAGAAGGAUCUGACUGAACUGGCUACCAUCUUACAGAAUGCUCGUACCCAGGCAGACAGGAACAAGUCCCAGUACACCGACAUCCACAAGAUGGCCGAUGAGCUGCUCCAUGAGAGAAGAGUCAGCGACCCAGCUGCUCUCAAUCUCAUCCUGCAGAACCUUGAUGACAACUGGCUGGAUCUUCAAGAACUCCUGGAAUACAGAUCAAGGCAGCUCGAGGAGAGGCGCGCCGCCCAGCAAGCCUACAACAAUAGUCUCAAGGAUGUCAGCUCCUGGCUGAUAUCUGUUGAAAGACGCUUCAAUGGCUUCAGGGCAGUUGCUAAGGAGUUAGAUGACAUCAAGGAACAGUAUGAUGAAUUGAAGCCUCUGAGGAAAGAGGUCAACCAGUACCGCCCGAACGUGGACGAACUCAACGAGCAAGGUACCCGCCUGGAUGCCAUGCUUCACGAUGCGCAGGGCGUACCAAUGAGGGCGCACCGUAGGUCAGCCCAGAUCAUGACCUCCACGCCGAAAGCAGCCAGUGUGGCCUCGAGGCUCAGACGACCCUUCGAGGAUGCCAACAUCAGUGGCCUCAUGGAAGAAGAGUCUGAGAUCCAGCGACAGCUUUCCGACAUCAACCGCCGCUACAACGCCCUGGACAUCAAGAUCGACGAGCGCGACGAUGAACUGGACACUGCCCUGGCGUUGACCGAACGCAGCAAGCCCGUGGAUGAGCUCCUGGACUGGGUUCAGGUGACGGAGGUGGAACUGGCACAGAGCAUGCCACCGCUGGACUUUGCCGGCGAGGAUGACCUGGACAAUCUCAUGCAGGAGUUUGAUAAGAUCCAGGCUGUUGAAGAGACCAUCCAGCAGUCCCAAGCCCCGGUUGCCCAUGCCGCCAUGGGCGCCGAUCAGCUCAUCAAGGACAAGGGUAAGAAGCUUCGACCGGAACAGAACCAGAACCUUCAGACCAAGAACGUGGACCUGAAGAAUCGCUAUGACGACCUCGCAUCCGGCGUGAAGCAGAAGAAGAUGGACCUGGAACAGACCAUCAACAGGGUCAAGGCUGAUAAGGAGAAGAAGUCUCUCCUGAGUCGUCGCCUGGAUGAAACUCUUACAGAGGUCAGUGACCUCAAGAGCUGGUUGUCAGAGACUGAGCAGAAGCUUGGCGUUCAGCAACCAAUCAGUGAACAGAUCAAACCACUUGAGACCCAACUCCAGAGACACCUUCCUCUGCGUGAUGAUGUUGUGCGACAUGAACCCGAUGUCAGCCAGGCAGUCAACAACGUCACUCUCCUCCUGCGUGAGUUCGACGGCAAGCUUGCGCCCGAGGAUGCCAAGGCCUUGGAGAAGGACCGGGACGACCUCAAGAAACGCUUCAACGCUGCCAACAUGCAGUCCCUCAGCCGGCGAGAGAAGCUCACCGCUGCCCUCGACGACCUGGAAAGGUACGGGGAGGAGUUCAAGGAGUUUGACGAUUGGCUCCAGGAUGCGGAGAAGAAGCAUGAGAAGCUGAUGCGCCCUGAUGCAAGGCGCAACGACCUGAAGGCCCUCAACCAGCAGAUAGAGGAAGAGAAGGAACUUAUGGAGGACAUCAGUGAUCACAAGGGAGACUUGAAGUUCAUCAAGCGAGCUGGUCACAAGUACAUUGACAACGAGAAGGCAUACAAGCAAAUGCUUUCCGAAUACCGCAUGUCAGCCCUUCCAUCCCAGUUCAACCGGACGUUUGCAGAGACUCCCGACUCCAAUGUCAUCCGCGACGAGUUGGCCGACGCCUACGACCGAUACACCAGACUACGCAACCAAGCCAAGGAACACUACAAGUUCCUCAAGGGCCUUGUAGGCAAGCAGCAGAAGUGGGAAACUUCUUGUGAUGCUGUCCUUCCAUGGAUCAAUGAGGCCCAUGCUACGCUCUCGGACGUGAUGAGGGAACCAAUCGCCACGGAGCCAGAGAACAUCAACGCUCAGAUGGAAAAACUGAAGGACCUCCAUGACCAGAUCGUCCUGCACACGAAGGAUGUAGAGAAGCUCAAGGGACAUGGAAAGGAUUUAGCUGCUUCCCAAGAUGCGGUCAAGGAUGAUGUCAUGCACACUGUCCGUGACGUGUCAGAGAAAUACAGCGAGAUGGAGGGCAAGCUCGCCGAACGUAGCAACCAACUGCAGAGCAUGCUCUCCCAGUCGCACAGCGUACAGGACAGCAUCGACAACCUCCUCCGCUGGCUGGAGCAGGCAGAGAAGAACACCAGUAGGGUCGUCAACGCCCCCAUCAUCAUCCGCAAGGAGGCUCUUCUAGAACUCCUGCAGGAUCACAAGCUUGUGGAAGAAGCAUAUUUAGAUUCCCUCCAAGAUUAUGUGUAUGUGCAAUCUGACAUCGAUGCCCACAAACAAAUGAUCGACGCCCUCAACGACCGCGCAGAGACCCUGAUCGCCAGCAGCGACGCCCAGCUGGCCUCCCGAGUCCAGUCCACGCUCGACGACAUCAACGGCCGCUACGGCAAGAUGUCCUCCAGCAUCCGCAACCACGGCGACUACCUGCAGAAGAUGCUGGUGAAGAUGAACCAGCUGCAGAGCGACGUGGAUGCCUUUGAGGAUUGGCUCCUGCCGAUGAUUGAUAGGAUGGAGUCCAAGGAGCUGCUCCGCAUGGAUCUCCUGGAGAUGGGAUCCAGGUUGAUGGACUACCAGCGGGACAUUGACGAGCAUCGCUACACCUACCAGGACAUCAAGCGUCUUGGGCAGGAGAUCACAAGGGAUCCGAAGACAUCGGAUACCUCGCGCAUCGCUGAUACAGUCACCAACCUCACCAAGAACUGGGACAUCCUGGAGGCUCUUCUGAAGAGAAGGAACAACCAGCUGCAGCAGCGACAGGAGACGCAGGACAAGUUCAGCAGCCUGCUCAAAUCAGUCCAGGAAUGGCUGGAUCAGAUGGAGGACGACACCGAUCGUCUUCCUCUCACGGCUCUCGUCCCUCACGUCAUCCAGCAACAGAUUGAGCAGCACAAGCCUCUACAGAGCAAGUACGAUGCAUUCAACUUCAAGAUCGAUGAGGUCAACCACGUCGGGAUGACCUUCGAGACUUUGACCUCUGACCCCGACCUUCCAUCCAAGGGUUCACCGCUCAAACGUUCAAAGGUCUUCCUACAGUCCAGAGCAGGAUCCGACACAAGGAGCCUGGAUACCAGGAGCACUGGAUCCCGCAGGAGCUCCUUUGGUUCGGAGCUGGACCAGAGUUCCUUCCUUAUGGAUGAUGGUGUCAAUGAAAUUCAGCGAGACCUCGCCGACGUCAAUGACCGCUACCAGACCCUCGGCGACAAACUCGCUGACCGAAGGUAUGAGCUGGACGAUGCCCUCGAGAAGGGUAACCUGUUCAACAGCGAGCUGGCCGGUCUGAAUGGCUGGAUGGACGGUGUGGAGGGUCAAUUGAAGCAGGAGGUGCCGCCCGGACUGACCGCUGGCGACGCUGCUAGGAGACUACAAGAACACAAAGUUCUGGUUGCUGAUAUCGAGGACCACACCCCACACCUGAUCUCUCUGAAGGGUCUCGGUGAGGACCUGACCGCUAACCGUCACCAUCAACCAGGAGCAGACGUCAUUGAUGAACAAGUGGAAUCAGCAAAGGAAAGAUGGCUGAGGUUACAAGAGAAGGCGAAGCAGAGGACGCAGGACUUGGAGAGUGCUAUCAACAGCUUGAGUGACUUUGAGACAGCCCACAACCGCCUCAAAACAUGGCUAGGAGAGAAGGAAAGGAUGGCCUCGGUCCUUGGACCCAUUGGUGUCGAGCCAGGUAUCCUCAGGAACCAGAAGCUUCAAGUAGAGGUCCUGCUAGACGAGUUAGAUGUUAAACAGCCAUAUUUGGAGCAACUUUUAGAGGUUCUUCAAGAGGAAUUCACUGCCCACGAGCCUCAGAUGGAGCAACUCCUGGAGGCCGGCCAGGCGAUCGUCGACCAGCAGGACCCCAGGUCGCGCACCACCUCGCCCAUCCAGAAGCAGGUUGCGGAUAUCAAAGACCAGUGGGACGCCCUCAAGGGCCAGCUGGACAACAGGGAGGGCAAGAUCGACGAUGUGCUACGGAAGAGCGAGCCAUUCCAUGAUGUCCUCCAGGACAGUUCCGACUGGCUGAUUGACUUUAAGAAUAAGAUAGACAACCUAGCUCCCAUCAGCAAUAGCCCCGACGUCGUAAGGCAACAGAUGGAGGAGACUAAGAACCUACAACGAGAGGCGGAGCGCCGGAAACCUCAGCAGGAUAAACUGUCCGACACUCACCGGGAGCUGACGGAGCUGAACCCAGAACUCACUGCCAAAGCCGAAGUCACACUGAAACUGGAUAGUGUCAGGACACCCUACAACGAUCUUUGCCGUAAACUUGAUGAGAGGCAAGGGAAACUCCAGGCUGCACUUCUGCAGUCCAGAGACUUUGAGGAAUCCUUCGGCAGCAUGCUGAGGUGGCUGGACACCAAGGAUAAAGAACUGUCCGGAGUCAAAGCCAUCUCGGCCAAACCAGAAGUGCUGAGGAGACAGGUGGUAGAGCAUGAGGAGAUCCCCAAGGAAAUCGUCAAGCAGGUCUACACCUACGAGCGCAUGCUGGAGAAGAUCGACGCCCUCAAGGAAGAAGCCGACGGCCCUGCCGAGAAGAAAGACCUCCAAGCCAAGCGGGACUCCCUCCAAGCCAAAUGGAACUCCGUCAACGACAGGGCCACGCAGCGCGGCGAGAGGCUCAAGGAAGCCAACGUCAAGGCCAAGGUGUACUGCGACGAGCUGAACCAGUUCCUGCCGUGGUUGAGGAGUGCGGAGGAUAGGAUGAAGUCGAUCGGACCUGUGACGGCCAAGCCAAACGUGGUUAGGAGACAGUAUGAACUCAUCAAGCAACUUCAAGAGGACAUCGACAACCACCGCGACCACCAUGAAGCAGUCAACAACUCAGCCGACGAACUCAUCUCAAGGACCGACAUCGACCACCCCUUCAUCGAGGAACAGGUCGGAGACGCCAACAAGAGAUGGGAUGAACUGCAUAAGGAUCUUGAUUCUCAGCUUGGUGUCUUAGAAGACUUCCACCACAGACUGAAUGACUUCCAGGACACUGUCAACACAUCCCAGAUCACACUGGCCAACUUUGAGGAGCAGCUAGCGGCUCAUGAUGCCCCAGGCAAACUGGACCCUAAGAACCUGCAGAAAUUAAAGGCUUUAGCUGAUGAGGUGGACAGCCUCGAGCAAACCAUCGUCCAGGUGCAAGACAACAGCAGUGGCCUGAUGGCUGCAGCGCCCCCUCGAGCCGACACCACCCCGGUGGGUGACGACGUGGACGGAGUGGUCAAGCGCUACCAGAAGCUGAAGGGUUUGGUCAAGGACCGGUACGGUCAGGCGGAAGCUGGAAACCAGGAGAUCCUCUCAUUCCAGUCUAUGCUGAACGACUGCAACUUCCAGCUUGGAGAGUCAGAGGAUGCCUUGGACAAGAUGGCUCCCGUUGCUAGGGACCUCGACACCCUGGCGGCUCAAGCAGAUGAAAUCGAUAAAUAUCAACAAAACCUGGAAGACAUCAAGAAGACCCUCCUGAAGGCAGAUCGCACCUUCCGCGACAUCGUCGACCGCGGUUACCUCACCGACUCCGACAGCUUCCGGGAGCAGCUCGACAACCUGAACAAGCGAUGGCAGCGGCUGCGCGAGCGCGCCAACAAGCGUCAGGACGACAUCGACCGGACGACGUCGCGCAUGCAGGAUCUGAAGCACACCAUGGGUGAGGUGGAUGAACUCCUGGGCAAGGCUGAAUCGGCUCAGAUGCAGCAGAAGCCCGUCGGCACCGAUGUCGACACCGUCAAGCAGCAGCAGAAGGAGUUCAAGACCUAUAUGAGGAACUUUGUGGAGCCGUUGGUUCCGAGGUUGAGGGACGCCAACAGGGUCGGACAGGGUUUGGUCCAGAGCGCGGAACCAAGGGUCAACACUCACCAGCUUGAGACCGAUUUGGAGGCCAUGAACGAUAGGUGGAACAGACUCCAUGCCAAGAACUCUGACCGGGAGGCCAAGCUGAACGAAGGUCUCCUCCGUUGUGGCAAGUUCCAGGAGGCGCUACAGUCUCUUCUGGUCUGGAUAGGAGAUACGGAAGACUUGGUCUCAACGCAGAAGGACCCAUCUUCGGAUUACAAGGUGGUCAAGGCUCAGCUUGCAGAACAACAGUUGCUUGAUCGUCUCAUCACCGACCGUGAGCCCAGCGUAGAUGCCCUGAAGGAGAUGGGAGAACAACUCUCCAAGGUUUCCGAACCUCAGGAUCGCAUGCGCAUCCAACAGCAGCUCUCGGACCUCGAACGCCGCUGGAGGGCGCUCGUCGAUGCUGUGCGCGACCGCCGCCAGAAGCUCGAGCAGACAGAGAAGACCGCCAAGGACUUCCACGAGCAGAUCGCCCCGCUCACCAAGUGGCUGGACGACACAGAGAAGACACUGGCUUCGCAGGAUCCGGUCAGUACAGACAAGGCUCAGAUACAGAAACAGAUUCAGGAUCAGCAGGCCAUGGAGAGAGAUAUCCAAAACCACGGUCCGGACGUUCGAGAGACCAUGUCGGCAGGCCGAAGACUGCAGCGGAUGGUGUCUCUGCCGGAGCGUGAUGCGCUUCAGAUCCGUCUGGAUGCGGCCCAGGACCGUUACGACAACCUCCGCGACAAGGCGCGCCAGAAGAAGGCCGACCUCAACCGAGCCCUGGCCACGAGCCGGGUGUUCGGCGAGGACGAGGCCGCCCUCUUGCGGUGGCUGACGGAGAUGGAGCGCAAGCUGGGCAGGCCGGAGCCGAUCUCGAUUCACCCGGAUGUCACCAAGAGGCAGUUGGAAAACCAGACGGCUCUGCAUGCAUCAGUCCUAGAUCGUCAGCCAAAGAUUAGGAAAGUACUCUCAGACGGACAGGAACUGCUCAGACAAUGCACUGGUAAAGAGAUCAUCGAUGUGCAGCAGAAGCUCGAUAACAUCCAGAAUCGCUAUGACAACAUCCUCCAGAAGAGCGAAGACCAACUGAGCCAGCUGCAACAGGCCGUACCAUUGGCCAAUGAGUUCAACCGCCUACAGAACGAGUUUGCUGAUUGGCUGAGGAAGGCUGAACUGGAUCUGAGGAACUUUGACCCCUCGGCUAGUGUGGAGACACAAAAAGCAGUGCAAGAGAAACUGCAAGAUGAGAUCGAUCGCCAUCGUCCCAUCCUGCAAGAACUCAACGAGAAGGGUACGCGCCUCAUCGAGCUCAGCCCCGGCCAGGGAGCCGCUGAGAUCAGACAACAACUCAACGAUGACAAUCAACGAUUCAACGAGCUUGCCUCAAGGACCAAGGACAUUGAGUACAGGCUUAGCGCUGCUCUAGAUGGCGCCCAGAAGGUUCAACAGAGCAUGGAUGGACUUCUGAAAUGGCUGGACGACACUGACCGUCAGCUGCAGAACAGUGCAAGGGAAACCAUCAGUGUAGAUCCAGAUGGUGUGAGGGAUCAACUCAAGAAAGCUAAGGGCAUUGACAGAGAAAUCACCGGCAAGCAGAGCCGAAUCCAGGACACCCUCGGGGCAGCCGAGAAGCUUAUUGAGCAGACGUCUGACCCGCGCCAGCGCGCCCGCCUCGAGGCCCAGGCCAAGGACCUCAAGGAGAGGUUCGAUGACCUUUCAGCGAGGAGCGCGGACCGCGUGGAGGUCUUGGAGGAGGCCUUGCCUCAGACGCUGCAGUUCAACGAGUCCCACGAGGAACUGACCAAAUGGUUGGACGAGAUUGAAGGUGACCUGAAGAACCUGAAGCCACCCGGUCUGGAUGCAGAAGAGAUCAGGAAAGAAGUGGACAAUAAUAGGUUCAUGAAGCAGACUGUGGCCGAGAAGCAACAGCACGUGAACAAGCUGAACCGCAUCGCUCCGGAGCUGGCCAAGCUCAGCCCCGGUGCUGGAGCUCAGGGAGUCCAGGCCAAGGCCGACGAUGACAACCGCCGGUAUGAGAACGUCAAGGAGGAAGUCAACAAGAGAGGAGAGAAGAUGUUUGACCUUCUCCAGAGGACCAGCUCGUUUGUUGAAGAUCUUGACUCGACCCUGGAGCAGCUGAACAUCACCGCUGAGAAGCUGAGCAGACCAGAACCGGUCUCCGGAGACCCUGACCACCUCAGGAAACAGAUCAAGAAACUACAGGCCUUGAGAGAUAACAUUGAUAGUCAGAUGGAUGUUGUAGAGGUGAUGCGAAAGGCUGGUAAUGACAUGAUGGAAUCUUCCUCACCAAGUGAUCCACACGUUAGAGAUCUGAAAGACAAGCUCGACCAGCUGAGCAACAAGUGGGACGACAUCACCACCACGGCCAACAAGCGGUCUGGUGACCUCCAGGAAGCACUUCAGUCUGCUGAAUCCUUCUGGGAGGAGAUGAACGGGACGUCCGGAACCAUCAAGGACCUCCAGGACCAGAUCAAGAGCCAGGAACCUCCUGCGGUGGAGAUCCCAGCCAUCAAGGAUCAACAGGAUAUCCUCCAAGCCAUCAAGGAGGACAUCGAUGCUGUCAAGCAAGACGUUGACAUGACCAAGCAGCUCGGCCAAGACCUGAUGAACCAUUGCAGCGACUCCAACAAGCCCGAGGUCCAGAAGAACGUGGACGAACUCAACAACUCCUGGGAGAACCUCAACGAUGCCUACAAGGACCGUCAACAGAAGCUGGAGGAUGCUGAUGAAGCAGCUCAGGCGUUCCAGGAUGGUCUUGACAGGAUGAACGACUACAUGACCAACGCAGAGGAACAGGUGGAUAGGAUGCCAGCGGUGGGAUCGGAUCCUCAGACGGUGAGGAGGCAGCUGGACAACCUCAAUGCCUUCAAGAAGGAGCUCGGCAGCAAGAACCUUGAGCUGGAGACCGUCAACCAGCUCGGAAACCGUCUCCUCACCAAAUGUACCCCGGAGAACCAGGAGCUGGUACAGGCUCCCAUGAGCGACAUGAACAGGAGGUGGAAGAACCUACAGGAUAAGACCUUUGAUAGACAGCACAAGCUUGAAGCUGGAUUCUUAGCCCUAGGGCAGCUGGAGAGCUCUCUGGAUGAACUCCUGAACUGGAUGAACCGGACAGAGAAGGCCUUGGCCGAUCAGAGACCGGUGAUGGGCGAUACCAAGGCUGCAGAGAUUGCCCUAGCUAAGCAUAAGGUGCUUCAAAAUGAUAUUUUCGCUCACGAAUCCACCGUGAAAUCUGUCAACCAGGCAGGCCAGAAUUUUGUAGCGUCUGCAGACAACAGGCAGGUUGCCAACGUGGUCCGCAGCAAGCUUGACGAUGUCAACAACAAGUGGCGCAACCUCAAUAGGAUGACUGAGGACAGGCAGAGAGAGCUGGAGGGAGCCUUGGGAGAGACCAAAAACUUUGCAGAAGAGGCGACACGUCUUCUUCGCUGGCUCCAUGACAUCAACGGUCAGCUCUCAUCCACCCAGCCGGUAGGAGGCUUGCCUGAAACCGCCAGGGAACAACUUGACAGACACAAUGACCUGAUGAAGCAGAUGGACAGGGAGAAGCUCGCCUACGACUCCCUGAUGCAGGCUGGACAGCAGCUGAGACGACAGUCCGGACCGGAGGCCGAUAGAGAGGGCGGGGUCGGCCACACCCUGAGAACCCUCCAGACACAGUGGGACGCAGCCAAUCAGAAGUCGGCAGAUAGGAAGCGCAAGUUGGAGGAGGCCCUGACCCAGGCUCAGAACUUCCACGAUGCUCUCCAAGCCUUCAUCUCCUGGCUGACCACUGCAGAGAAGACCAUGAACAACAGCAAACCGCCCAGCACCGUCCUUGACACCAUCAACCAGCAGAUCGCUGAGCACAAGGAAUUCCUUAUGGACAUCCAGGCCCACAAGGAAACGAUGCGCGAUCUGGACCGGGCCGGAACCCAGCUGAAGUACUUCAGCCAGAAGCAGGACGUGAUCCUCAUCAAGAACCUCUUGAUCAGUGUCCAGAACCGAUGGGAGAAGGUCCAGUCACGAUGCAACGACAGGACCCGCCAGCUAGACUCUGGCUUCAAACGGGCCAAACAGUUUGAUGAACAGUAUGGCAAGCUCUUUGGUUGGCUAGAGGACUCCCAAGCUCAGCUAGAACAGGACAAGUCAAUCGGUAGCGAUCCAGAGACUCUCAAAGCUCAGCUCAGAAGGCACAAGGACUUCCAACGUUCCCUCGGAGCUAAGCAACCGCUCUAUGACAACAUUGUCCGCUCUGGACGAUCGUUGAGAGAUAAGAGUAACCCUGCCGACACCAAGGUCAUCAAUGCCAUGCUGACUGAUCUCAAAGACAAGUGGGACCUUGUCUGCGGCAAGUCUGUUGACAGGCAAAGGAAGCUUGAGGAAGCUCUCCUAUAUAGUGGGCAGUUCAAGGAUGCUCUUCAAGCACUCCUGGAAUGGCUCUAUCAGGUUGAACCGACGCUUUCAGACGAGACACCUGUCCAUGGUGACAUCGACACCGUCAUGAAUCUCAUGGAAGCCCACAAGGGUUUCCAGCGAGACCUCGGAAGCCGGAAGAACAGCGUCAAGUCGGUCAACAAGUCCGCCAAGGACCUGAUGGACAAAUCAAGUGAGGACACGUCGCAUCUCCGAGCGAAGAUCCAGGAACUGGCCACCAAAUGGGAGACAGUCUGUGAACAGAGUGUACACAAGCAGGAGAGGCUGGAAGACGCCAUGAAGGAGGCUGAAGAGUUCCACGACACUGUCCAGCUCCUCCUGGAGUGGCUAGCCGAUGCAGAGCAAAGCCUUCGGUUCCAAGGACCACUUAGCGAUGACCCCGAGGCCAUCAAGGAACAGAUGGAAGCACACAAGGACUUCAGGGAUAGCUUCAGUGCCCAGGAGUUGAGGAUGAACGAUGCCUGCGUGAUGGGCGAUACCAUCUUGACCAAAUGCCACCCAGAAGCUGUUCCAGUCAUCAAGCACUGGAUCACCGUCCUCCAAGCCCGAUGGGAAGAGGUGAUGACCCUCUCUGACCAGAAAUCGGAUCGCCUGGAUGAGACUCUGGAGAAUCUCGCGGAGAAUGCGGAACUGCUGGAGAAGCUGAUGGAUUGGCUCAACAAGUCUGAGAACGUCCUCCAGGACAGGGAAUCGAGACCCAUCCCGGAGGAUGUGGACCGCAUCCAGAACCUCUUGGCAGAACAUCAGGACUUUGAGGACUCCAUGGCCCAGAAGCAACCUGACAUCGACCGUCUUACCAAAUCCCACAAGCGACGUCGGUCUCAGGACAGCCCGUCCCAACUUCCUCAGCUGGACCGAUCACGCCGUGGAAAGGGCAGCCGCCCUCGUAGCCGUGACCCAAGCCCGGGAGCCGACUCGCGCAACCCACGUGUGGCGGCACUGCACAACAAAUGGAAGCAGGUGUGGCUGGUUGCCAUGGACAGGAGACGUAAGCUAAAGGAUGCCCUCGAUAGGCAGGCACAGCUCCAGAAGCUGCGCAACUUCAACUUUGACGAGUGGCGCACACGCUACUUGCAGUGGAUGAACCACAAGAAGGCCCGCGUCAUGGACUUCUUCCGCAAGCUUGACCUGGACCGGGACGGCAAGCUGUCUCGUAUGGAAUUCAGUGAUGGCAUCAUCAACUCCAAAUUCCCAACCAACCAACUCGAGAUGAACGCGGUAGCUGACAAAUUUGAUCGGGACAACGAUGGCUUCAUCGACUACAAGGAGUUCAUUGCAGCCCUCUGGCCUGAGAAAUCAUCUGGCAAACCUAUCAGUGAUGCUGAGAAGAUCGAAGAUGAGGUGCGAAAGCAAGUCUCCCAAUGUACCUGCCAAAAGAAGUUCAAAGUUCUUAGAAUUGGAGAGAGCAAGUACAAGUUUGGAGACUCGCAGCAGAUGCGUCUUGUCCGCAUCCUCCGUAGCACUGUCAUGGUGCGGGUAGGAGGAGGAUGGAUGGCUCUGGACGAGUUCCUGGUCAAGAAUGACCCUUGCAGAGCUAAGGGAAGGACCAACAUCGAGCUGAGAGAGAAGUUUGUGCUAGCCCACGGCGUGAGCCAGUCCAUGACCCCUUUCAUGAGGAGACCACGCUCCAGAUCACCUUCGGAGUCCAGCCAGGGUAGCACAAGCUCCCGAAGCUACUCCCAACCGCUUAUCAAGAUCCGUGAAAAGCGUAACAUCUCGCGACCAUGGCAGCAGGGAGCUUCACCCAGAUCUUCCACCGGAACGCCACGCCGCACUACCACCACGCGCACUGGAACUAACGGAAGUGUUACCACUACGCGCGAGGCACGACCAGAUGGAACGCUUUACACCAAGAAAACCACGACCAAGGAGCUCUCACCAGGUGAGAGAACCACAAUGCGCUCGCCAUCCCCAACCGGCGGCUACUCGACCCAGAAGAAAAUAACCGGACGCAACACGACUGUCGGCUAUGACAGCCGCUCCAGCCCCAAGGGUGGCACGAGGGGUGAGGUUACAGUGCGUACUGUGACAGAGGAAGAGCGCACCGUCACUAUGCCAACGUACAAGCGGACAACGUACUCCCCACGAUCGGACUUGUCGUCACCCACGGCUGCAUCUAUGGCUAAAAACAAAAAGGCGUCCACACACAAGAAUUCAAGUCGCGGAUGGAAGCCCUAGGUAUAUGGACUCUGAGAAUCCUACAAAAAACACUCGUUAACAAUCAAGCAUUUCUGUUUGUUUUAUAUUACUUGAAUCACACUUUAUAACAGCUGUAAACCUAAUAAAAGUAUCUUAGACGAGAGCCAUUAUAAUCUUAGAAUCUCCAACUAACUUCCAUUGUGAUGGAAAGAUUGAUUGCCUAUGGACAUGUUUGGCGAGAUUAAUGUAUAUUAUAAUUUACAUUGUUUCUUCCGCAUUUAUGUGUGAUUUACACCAUAUGUUCAUAUGUAAAAUAUGCUUUUUUCAAAAUAACUGAAAUCAAAAUAAGAGAGAAAGAGAGAGAGAGAGAGAGGAGUAUGAUAAAAAGCAUAAACAAUUUGAUCUGUACUAUUGUGAGUUUUCAAAGAAAUGAUGUAUCAUUUAUAAAUUAACCAUUCUCAAUUAUCUUUAUUUUUUGUUAUAUUUCAUUAAUUACCCACAGAGAGAACAUUAUACAUUUGCCAUUCCUGGUGACAAAUAUUAAUGAAAUGUACUCUAUAAAGAAUAUUGAUAUUCAGAAGUGUUUAAGGGUAAUAAAAGAAUAUCAUUUAUUUGUCUUUCAAACUUCAUUUCAUUGUAUGUAAAUGUAUAUGAUUUCAAAAAAAUCAUGCUUUUUCUAUGUAUAUAUUGGUCUUAAAAGAGUAAAAUGUUUCAUAUUUCUCAAAGUUUAAUGUGUAUAUGUUUUGUGUUUUGCAAAUUGUUUCAUAAACGGCUUUUCAUUAUAUGACAAAGAAUUAUCAUGGCUGAAAUGUUACAAUUUUGAAUGGAAUUUAAAAUACACAAAUGUUUGCAUAUGAACAUGGUGUUAUGAAAACUCUAUGACAUAUCAGCUGCCAGUAAAUAUUCUCUCUUGAAUGAAUGAAAUGAUUCUUAUUCUAUGAAAGAGGAAAUCAGUUAUUUGAAACAAUAACUAUGGUAUAAUUUUCUAUAACAUUUAAUUCAAAAUUCUGUUGACUUUUUUACUGGUUAUGACACAGAUCUAUGCACAUGUGAAUACCAGUUUUAUCUUGUAAAAAAUAAUGUGUGGAGAUAAUUGAAAAAAAAAUCUUAUCUUCCAGUUAUAAAAAAUGCACUCGAUUUCAGAAUUAUUGUAUUGGUCAUAUUUGCUUUUGUUCUAGAUAUGUUUUUUUUUUUUUUUUUCGUUUUGUUGUUGUGUCGUACCGGUCACUCUUCCUGUGCUUACAUCAUGAAAAAACAUUACUUGUUACAUCGAAGGAUAUGCUAUCCAUAUCUCUGCAUAAGAUGCAUUUGAACUUAUGUUUAUUGUCAUACUAUAUACUAUGUUUUGUAUACAUACACACAAGUGCAUUAUUUACAUUUGCUGAAGCAUGCUGAAGCAAACUAUUAAUGGGUGUUGCACACAUUCUGCUAUAAUUUUCUAUGAAGUGCCGGUGUUAUUUUUUAUCUACAGGAAGCAUAUACCCAUGUGCAAAAAGUAAAAGGUUAAAACAAAGUGUUUAACUAUGACACUUGGUAUGAAACUAAGUGAAACCAACAAUUAUUAAAAAAAAAAAAAAGAAACAAAGUACUUACUUAGAUUUUAAGAUGUUAUUUGUUAUUGUAUGUCAGUUAAAAAAACCCAGAAGACUAUUCAUGAAUGCUGUCAUGUAGUACAAACCUAUAGCUUGUAGAUUUUAUUUGUAUUUGCAGUUAGUGAAACAAUCUACUUGCCAAUUAUCCUGUUAACAAGGAAUUUAAAUAUGUACAAUAUGUAAUCAGCACCGAUUUUGAAAUCAUACUGGGGACUUGAUUUCAGCUGAGGUGCUGAUUGCUCUUGAAAUGGAUUCAUCUUCAUUGUUGAGACACCACCUCUGAAAAUGAUUUGAUCUAGAUUUGAUUUACCCUUGGAAAGUUAAACUGGGGACAAGCUUACUUUGUGGUAAAUCUGUUCAAAUUGCAUUGCGCGUACACUCUGAAAGUAUUCUAGAAAUUUAUCGGAGAAUCUGGGGACAAUUAUCUCCGGUAUAUUUCUGACUACGAUGCGAUACAGUAUCCUUUCAGAGCAAGUGAAAAGACAGUGAUAAGAAACUCUUUGAUAUUGGUUUCCAAAAGUGGGGACAUUUGGACAACCAAAAUCAAAGCUCUUCUUUUUCACAUGAGGCGUCUUCAAUAUACCCACUUGGACCUGUCCAGCAUUUGACAUGGUUUUUAUUUUUCUGGUGAUACCGUUAAUGUAGAGUAGAAACUGAAACUAGUAGUGAGCCUUCUCAUAUAGAGUAUAAAUGCAGAGUUUAAAAUGAUUUUUGUGAGCUCUAGUGAGUACUUCUUUUUGAAAGUUUUGUCAGUACAUUGUGUUAAACAUGCUGUAUGAGUUGCAAGCGAUGUGAAGAAUGUCAACUGGGGACUUGACUUCCGAGUAGAGUUUGCAAUGUCUAUAGCAAAUUAAUGAAUUAAAGACAUGUAGAAAACUGGGGACUCCUUCUCCAUGUCUUUAGAUUCAAUGAAUAAGACUAUCUUGAAUCAUAGUGUAGAUGAAUAGGUGUAGAACUUGUAUUUCAAUGACAGUAAUAUCGGACAAUCUGUUUAAAGGAAUAACUAAUGAGAAAUGUUAGCAAGGAUUGAAUCUUUAAUGGAGACAUGUUAUCAUGCAAGCCUUGUUUUUAUUUACACUUUGAUUUCUUUUAAAAGAAUGUCCAUCGUGCUGUAGGUGAUGAUAAAAAUAAAGAUAAUGUCAGUUUUAUUUUGUACUCUGUAGUUAGUGUUGAUUUGGAUGAAAUAUAGCAAGCUUUAUGUCGAGGUGUAGGGAUGACCAAUUAUUAUUUGAUUACAUUAUGUUUUAUAUCAAUCAAUUCAGCCCCAUGCUUAGUAUGAUGAAUAACUUGCAAAAAUAAGAAAAAGAAAUAUUAUUAUUGUGUGUGUAUGUGUAGAAAUGGGUUGUAUAUUUUCUUCAUUUCAGAUUAAUUUUGUUUUUCAACAUGCAUAAGAAACUGUCUUAUUAGGGUUGCAAUUCUAGAAUUAUAAAUUAUUAUAUGCCUUCAGUUGAGUUGAAUAGGAUCUAUUGGUGAUUAUAAUGCUUGGUAUACAGUAACAUGUUGCCCUAAUUUUCAUGUCAUUUUUGCGCAAAAUUAUUUUUUGCUUAGGAAUAAAGAGGAGAAACAGCUGCUAGAAUAAUAAA